AUGAAGCUGCGUCCCGGUGGGAACAUCAGACAGCAUGUUACUGAGAUGCUUUCUGUUUUCAAUGAGUUGCGCCUGUUACAGGUCAACUUUUCAGAAGAGCUGAAGGUUUAUAUUUUGCUCAGCUCUCUGGACAAAAGUUAUGACAAUUUGUGUCUGUCUAUGGAAUCGAUGAGUCCACAGGAUUUGACGCUAUCGUACGUGACAGGGCGUCUUUCGGACGAACAGGAGAGGCGUGUCCGAGAAGGCAGGUCUGGCGCAGGCAGCUCCACCGGUUGCAGAGGUGGGGGCAAGCCAGAUGAGAGCUGUGUUCAGGCUUUUUCCACUCGUCGAUGUUAUGUCUGUGGAUCCAACAGCCAUCUAAAACGGGCUUGUCCGCAGAAGAGCAGAGAGGCCGGGCAGGAUGUCUCCAAGGUCAACCAGCUGAGUUCUCAUGGGAACCAGUCUCGGAAAGGAGGCCAGCGUGGGAACGCGAAGGAGGGACGUGACUCAGAGAAGGGAGACUGUUAUCAUCUCGCGGCUUCUCUGGCAACUUUGAACAACAAUGCCAGCAGGGACACAACUAUGAAGUGGGUGCUGGACUCAGGAGCGAGUCAUCACCUGAUAACGCCAUCUGCUGGGGAGCUGCAGAAUUGCAGGGCUGUUUUAACUGGAAUGACGUGUAAAUUUGCUGACGGGAAAAAACGAAAUGUAUCUAAAGUGGCAAAUGUCUAUAAUUCUGUUUUGCAGGCUGAGCUGGAGUGCUUCAUUGUACCAGGGAUGAAGUGUUGCCUGUUAUCGGUUUCUGCUCUGGCGAAGCAGGGAUACAAAAUUUGUUUUGAAAAUAACACCUGUUCCAUUUUCAGAGGGGGAGGCAACUUGUCAACGUGGAGAGCAAGGACAAUCUCUUUGUUCUGGAAACACCUCUGGAGGGUGGUGGGAAUGCAGGGAAAGCACAGGCGCAGUGUGCUAGUGUUCCCAGCCAUGAUUCAUGUGUUCAUGUAUGGCACAAGAGAAUGUCUCAUGCUUGUCUGGAGGAUGUUAAGAGGCUGCCAGGCUGCACCGAAGGAUGUAAAAUCACACCAUGUGAGGGAUCCCUAGUGUGCAGGGCAUGCAGCAAGGUUCAAAGGUGCAGGUUCCCGGGGUAAAGAGGGUAACCACAAAACCUUUUGAGUUGAUUCACACAGAUCUGUCAGGACCCAUGAGGUGUGAGAGUCUGGGUGGGGCCAAGUAUGUGCUAUCGCUGACAGAUGACCACAGCCAGGUUGGCUGGUGUUUCUCUCUCAAAUCACAGGGGGAGGCGGCGCAACUGAUCCAGGAUUGGGUUGCGGAGGUGGAACGAAGGUUUUCCACCAGGGUGCAAGGGUUCAAGAGCGACCGAGGGUCACAGUUUACUGGGUCUGCUCUGGAGGAGUUUUUCAAGGAAAAAGGAAUACGUCACCACGUGACGGGUGCAAAGUCUCCUCAAGGGAGAGGCGUGGCACAGCACAGGAGUGAAACACUGGCUGAAGCUGUCAGAGUUUUGCUGGGUGACUCUGGGCUGCCUCAGAGCUUUUGGAGUGAAGCUUGGAAAGCUGCCAACUUUGUUUUUAACAGGUCCUACAAUCACGAUGUAGGUGACACACCGUAUUUUCUGUUGCACAAGAGGAAGCCACAGGUGCAUUUCUUCCGUUCGUUUGGUUCCAAGGCUUCAGUGCCAAUACCAACAGCGCAACGGAAGAAGGAUGGUCCUAGGUACCAGGACAUGAUCUUCUGUGGGUAUGAUCCUGCAACAAAUGGGUGGAAGUUUGCAUACCCAGAGGGUGAUCAGACCACGCUGCUGGUCAGCAAGCAUGCUGAGUUCUUUGAGCAGGAUGGUUGGUCACAGCCUAGGUAUGGUUCUGAUUUUCUCUCAGACUGCUUGUCCGAUUCUGGGGGGAGGAAAAGGAGGAAGAAAGGGAGGAAGGAGAGGCAGAGGCGGAGCCUGUUGCUGAAGACCAGGUUGCUGAUGAUGGUCAAGCACAGGGGUGGGUUUCUCCACAGGUUAAGAGGGAACCCAAGAGUGAGCCUUCAUCUCCUGUUAGCCAAGUGCAGGAAGCCCGAAGACGCAGCAAGUCAGAGGGGAGUCUUCUGAGCUUGCUGGAGACACACUUGCUGACCCCAGUGGGUCAGGAGGAGCGCCUGAGGUUGUGCUCCGGCGGUCAACUCCGGACCACCAACGGGAUUCCACCGGAGAGGUUUCAGGUCACCAGUGCGUGGGUUGGUUUCGCACAGUGUGAUUCUGGGAGUGUGGAAGGGAUUCAACAAUUGCCUGGGAUGGAUGCCAGUGGGAGGCAAAAGGCAAUGGGAGGUGAGUUGAACUCAAAGAGGUCUGUAAAUAGGGGUUCACAGUUUCCCCUCAGGAUUCGUGACGAGAGGGGGUGUGAAUGGUUUCAGAACUCACAGAGUUAAAGAGUUCUGGUGACGUCUCUUUCCUGAGGCGUGGUUAGAAACACUUAAGGGAGGGGUUUGACUCCGUGUGUUUCAGUCUGACUUUCGGACGUGAUGCGAAAGGGAGAAUGUGUCAGUUCUCGCCAGGUCUGAAUUUAUGAUGUUAUUCUUCAUGAUUAAAAGGCAAGAGUAGAUAAGGACUGCCUUGUGUCUGGACUGAUUUAUUCCACACGUGCUGCACUCUGCUUCUCACCGCUGUGUUUCGCUCUGCUACCGGCAAGAGAAAGAGGCCUGAGGAGGACUUUUGCAGGAGGCACGGAUAGCUUGCAGAGUUCCGCAACGGAAGCGUGCCGGGCUCCAUGUUCAGUCUCUGUGUACCCUCUUGUCCGGUGUAAAUAAUUCAACAGAUUCCCCUCCUCUGCUACCGUUCUACAUUAAGAACAUAAGAAGAGGCUGCUGGAUCAGGCCCAUGGCCCAUGGAAGAUGCCCUCAGAAUACUGCUGCCCUAUGAUAGAGGGGAUCUGGGUUUCCAGGUGAAGCUUGGCAGAACUGAAUGGAGCAUUUUCCAAAACCUUGCCCCAGCCUUUUGCCUUGCAGCCAUGCUCAGCUCCAUGCCCCUCUGUCUAUGGAGCGCAACCUUCUUCCACUUCAAUCAGGCCUUAUAUCUCAUGAUGGUUGCUUAAGAACAGAAGAAAAGGCUGUGCUGGGUCAAGCCAAUGACCCAUCUAGUCCAGCCUCCUGUUCUCAUAGUGACCAACCAUAUGGCUGUGGGAAACCAGCACCCAAGCACAUGAGCCCUCCCCGCUCCUGAGGUUUCCAGCAACUGCGAUUCAGAAGCAUGGAGGCAGAGCAAAGCAUUUCGCAUGCGCAGAGGUAUUUGUCUGCUUGCGCAUGUGAGGAAACGCUUGUAUCGGGUGGUCCGCCAGAAACAAAAGGGUCUCCUUGUGCUCAGGUCAGGAGCAAACGCAAGGAGCAGGUGUGGCAACAAGAGAGCACUCAACAAAAUACCCCCCCCAAAAAACCCCCAGGGGUAGACUUUGGUGAUAUGGCGCUCUGAGCUAGGAAACAGCAGGGCUUGAGCUGACCUCUUUGAAUUCCGAGGUGUCAGAAGAGAGCCCAGCUUCCAUCUGCCGUAAGGCCUAUUAUGGGCUGGCACUGAAGUCACAGUGGCCUCUGCCAAAGCUGGCUUCUUCAAAGUACAUUUACAAGCCAUUCUGAGGCUGCCUACCCAGAAGCUCAAAAGUGGUUACAACUUCUUCUUUUUUUACAAUUAUAUUUUAUUGUUUCAAUAUUUUAAAAAUCAUUUACAGUCAAAACACAAUUUUGACUUUUCUCUUAAUUUUCGUCAACUUCCCACCCUGUUUUCCAUGGAGUUGUUGUUUCUCUCCUGCUGCACCCCAUCUUCUGUUUGUCAAAUCAUAACCCCAGUAUUAUAAUCCAAUUACUUAUGUUGCUGUCAGGGGUUCAGGAGCAGAGGCAAGGGCAAGGGAGGAAACAGAGAGCGAGGGGGAGGAGGCAGAAGAAAAGAUGAGUGAUGACGACGACCCGAGAUCUCCGAGUCUUUCCAGUGAAUCAGAAGAUUCACAGAAAGGAGCACCAGUGGCCAGGGCAAGGGGAGCCUAGGGGACGCCCCAGGAAGAUAGAGCCAGAGGGGACUCAGAGGGAGCAGUUGGAAAUCGGGACCAGCGUCACCGCCAGAGAGCAGGGAAGAGGAAGGGAGCCAGGGAUCAAGCGCUGGCAGCUCACAGCAGGGGAGGGCACGAGUCAGGGUGGCCACACCUCCAUCGGGGAGCGAAGAAACGGUCAGACGGAAGGUGGAAGGUUGGGCGCGCGCGCAAGUUCAAAUGCACAGGAAGGUGGCACAGUAGGCAGCCCGGAAGGGAGCCAGGUCCUAAAGCCCGCCGAAAGGAGGAGAAGAGUCAGGGGUCAGAGUCAGCGUCAGCGUCAGAGGAAUCCCGGAAAGAAGAGACCCCAGGGGGCAGAGGGACCCAGAGAAGAAUAGUCAGGCGGAAAAGGUGGAGCAGGGCUAGGAUAUUAAGUUGGUGUACAAGGGGCGGAGACUCAGCCGGAGCUUCGCCGGUCUAACCAUGAGACGUAGAGUUGCACGCAGCAGUUUGAGAAUGGAAACUGUAACUCAAUAAAGACUUUGUUUAAUGAUCGCUGGCUAGCGUGAUCCUCUGUGAGCUAGGAUCUGGAAGCAGCUCUGACAGUUGCUCAUAGCUCAAAUCCUCCUUACGAGUUCAGCAUACUAUAAUCCGAAAAAGGCCUAUUUGUCCACAAAACUGCUAAUUUUGCUAGUUCUGCAUAGUCCAUUAUCUCACUUAUCCCUUCUUUGGAACUUCUUUUCCUUCCAUUUCAGCGCAUAUAGAAUCCUAGCUGCUGCUGUUACAUAUAGAAACAUCUUUAACUAAUUAUAUCGAAUAGCAGGUCACCACAACCAAAAACUGCAGUAUCUAGCUCACCAUUGCAAUGAUAAACUCUAAAAAUAUAAUUGAGACAAGACAUUUUAAGGAAAAUUCAUCAGAAACUAUUCACUUUGGUUGUUGUUAGUGGCUGUGGACAUGCCAUAACAUUACAGCACAUGACUCCUUCCCCGAGAAUCAUGGGAACUGUAGUUUACCUCUAAACACAGUGCUAUAGGUCCCAGUGCAACACAUGCCUGGCUUAUCCUAGAGAUCACUGUGUGCAAAAUUUGCGAUGCCACUUGAGCCUAAUAUUUACCCUGCAAUGCCAACCACCUUUGCCCAGGACAAUGUACGACCCCCUGGACUCAGCUCUUCAAAAAUUAUUAGAAUUUGGACUAAGAAACAGGAGCGUUCUGGAAAGAAGGAUAUUUUAAAAAGACCGGAAGAUCAGAAUUAUGAAAUUGGGGAAAAACUUUUAAAAAUAUUUUAAAAACUCUUCCAAAAAUCCCUUUUAAAGAAUCAAGUCUUUUUUUAAAAAAAAGUCCUAAAAAAGUAUUUAAAAGAAUCCUUUCCAAAAAAUUAAAAAAUUGUACAGUAGCCCCUUAGAGGUAGGUAGCUGAUCUACCUAGCUGAAUCUGGGGGGAAGCAAGAGAGAAGAACGCAGGAACAAGUGAAAGAAGCUUUCUCCCGACAGCCAGAACAUGGAAAGGCCUCCCCAAAAUUUUUAGUUUGGAAUGUAUAAUUGGCUUUAUUGUUUGUAUUAUGAUGUGGCAAGAUUUGAUUUGAUUUGUUAUCAUUAGAAUGUUACUAAUGGAGAAUUAAUUUUAAAAAUAUUCAAUCCAUUAAGAAGUUCUUAGUUCAUCUUCAGUGAAGGUUUGCCGGAUCAUAAAUCAGCAAAUAGAAUGUAAAUAGAAAAAGAGAUGAGCAACUGACAUCCUUUCCACUGACAUCAUCAUUCCAUCAUGUUGUCAUAGUGCUGUGACCUCAUGUCUCCAGGGGCUUGGGGGCCCUUAGCAACGCUGGUACACAGCGACCUCCAUAGAGAGUGAGUGUGUUUUCUUUUUCUCUCCAAAGUCAGUGUGGUAUAUUUAGUUUUAAUUUGGCAUUUGUGUUCCCUUUUAAUAAGAAUAAGAAUAAGAAUAAGAAUAAGAAUGAGAAUUUUUUAUUUGUAUCCUGCCCUCCCUGGCUGAGGCCGGGCUCAGAGCGGCUAACAUCAUAAAAAACCCCCAGGAAGGACCUUUUAGGCAGAAUUUUGUUCCAAAGCCAGAACCAUUCAGCUCUUUCAGGGGCUGGCCAGGGUAAAAUGUAGAAAUUGGAGACAGAGGCCUGUUCAGAGCUAUUUGUGGUGGUGUCAUUACAACCCAUGGAAUUCCUUACUAAUUAAACGUCUCCCUGAUUUCACAAGAGGAAUAACCAUGCUCUAUAUAGCUCAUGUCUGGGAAAAGGUGGCAUUUUCCCAAGGUUUUACCAUGAGGGUGCAGUAAAUGAGAACUGGUCCCUAACAGCUUGCUUGGUUCCCUCCCCUGUACGUUUUAGGCUCACGUUCCCUUUUUCUCUGGGAUGCGGUACAGGCCGUGAUUUGGGCUGACUUCCCAGAGAGCCUCGGUUGUAAAUAAAAAUUGCCCUGUUCCCUUAUGGGGUAUCCAAGAGCCCAUAUAGAGUCCUUACAUAGGUUCCCUAUUGGUAGGAGAAGAUAACAGAGGCCAACCAGAGAAUAUUGAGAAGCAAGGCAGCUAGGAAGCUUGAUCUUUACUGAUCUGUUGCAACAGGGUGCUCCCCUCACCCGCAGGAUAGACGAGGAACCCAGAACAAUGGUGCGCAAGGCCUUAUAUGGACUCUUGAAAUUGCCACCCUGUAGACCAAGACCACCCCCUGGAACAUCAUACAUACAUCACAGAAGGGGUGUAACCUAAGACCACCCCUCAGAUACAUCACAUCUACAUCACAGAAAAGGCGGUCUAAACAGAAAUUUAAUGUUGUUUUUCUCCUUGUUUAUUUCCUGUUUGGCAGGUUACUUGAUUGGAUUACCUGGGGAGCCUGGCCAGUCUUUUGUAAUGAUAAAUACUUAGUUCCUGGGCCAAGUCACAGGCUCACACCCUAUUCAUACACAGACAUACCCUUAAGACAGGAUUUGUGAAGGAAAAGACAAUGGGGAGGCUUUUCCAGUUUGACCUUGCAGAGAAAACAUUUGCUCAGGUUAGGAAUCAAAAUGGCUUCAGGUCGGUCUUCCUGUGCUGAUCUAUGUACGUGCGCCUAUCACACCAUCACAUGAGCGGUGUGAGUUUUUCAACCGCAUUCUAAAUGACAUACAGCAUUACCAAACCAAUAAACAGAAUAUCCAGUCAAUCUUCAGUACCUAUAAAAGAACUUAAGGGAUAGGACCAGAAGCAUUAGCCUCAUCCUUAGGAUCAGAAGCUGAGGCUCCCACAGAUGAGAGUUGUUGUUUUCAACACAACAAAGCCACUUCCGAACCUGGCGAGAAGUUGGGGUUGCGGGCUUCACGCCCACUCCAUGUGCGCGGGGGCUGGUUCCAGCCCCCGUGAGACCGAGGGAAUCCCGGCCGCGUCGUUGGGUGGCUGGGGGGCAUAGCCUGCCCUAUUUAGGGCCGGCGCGGCCGGGGCUCGCCCUCUUUUCGCCUCGCCAGCCAUCCCACUUUGGUUUGUAUUAAGGUUGUUUUGUCUCUUGCUUACCUUUUCUUUAGGCUGUGUAUCUCAAUUCCUUCGGUGAUCGAUUUUCACUUGGAUUUACCUGUGCAUCGGUGUUGUGCCUCCCAUUGGAUUUCCUGCCUCAAGCCCGCCUGUGUUCCAGGCGGCCGCUUCGGCAGCCAGAGCCAUUUAGCUCCGGAACAGCAGGGCUGAACCCGCGCCGGAAAACCCCAUCAAACCGGGUGUUCCCUUCUCUCUGGGUGGCUUCUCUGCAGCGGAGCUUUGCGGAACGCGGUUUGCACGUUCAGUGCCAGCCCAUCACUGUUUAGUCCUUUUACUCGGAAGCGCACAGCUCGCCCGACGGAUCAGGUUUGGCUGGGGGUUCUUAUUUCUAGCCGCAUUCGCAGGGUGGUGGGGCACCUUUAACGUUUGUGGGGGGCUUGGUGGAGCAAAAGGAGGGAGGCUUAAAAGGACACGUCUUUGUCGCUACCCCUUUGCAUUUGGUACUGGCCGCGUUGCCUUUGCGUUCCAACGGUUGCUUCUUCACCAUUAUACCUUUCCAAGAACUUCAGCCAGACUUCCAGAUCGGAUUUUACCUCUUUAGAUAGGCGAACCCUGUGAUGGGGUGACUGCAAGCCUGCUGACAACCUCGCGAGGCGGCUGCAAAAUGGGCGGCCUGGGGAAACCACUCAGCAAGCAAAGUUCAAAUGGCCUAACAACGACUGAAUCUGCCUGAGCAUAACUUUUCUUAGAGGGAGAAGUUGCUGAAUGAGGUCCCUAAGCGCAACCAAUUUUUCACUAGGAAGUUUUGAGGUUUGGGCGACUGUGUCCAACUCAGUGCCUAGGUAAACCAUAGUUGUAGCUGGGCCCUCCAUUUUAUCUGCAGCCAAAGGUACUCCCAGCUCUCCUGCUAAAGAUGUGAAGGCUUCCAGAAGGGCCGAGCACUUAUGCCUACUAUCAGCUACGAGAAUAAAGUCGUCCAAGUAGUACGACACACCCUCAGAGCCAGUUCUAAAACGAAGCGCCCAGUCCAAAAAGGUACUAAAUGCCUCAAAGGCUGCACAGGCCACUGAGCAACCCAUAGGCAUUGCUUUGUCUACAAAGUAAGUAAAUGUAAAGGUACCCCUGCCCGUACAGGCCAGUCGUGUCCGACUCUGGGGUUGUGCGCCCAUCUCGCUUAAGAGGCCGGGGGCCAGCGCUGUCCGGAGACACUUCCGGGUCACGUGGCCAGCGUGACGAAGCUGCUCUGGCGAGCCAGCACCAGCACAGCACACAGAAACACCGUUUACCUUCCCGCUAUAAAGCGGUACCUAUUUACUUACUUGCACUUGAGAGUGCUUUCGAACUGCUAGGUGGGCAGGAGCUGGGACCGAACGACGGGAGCUCACCCCGCCGCGGGGAUUCGAACCGCCGACCAUACGAUCAGCAAGUCCUAGGCGCUGAGGUUUUACCCACAGCGCCACCCGCUUCCCGUGUCUACAAAGUAUGCCCCGUCAAAUUUAAAACCCAGCCACCAGAAAUCUUCCGGGUGGACUGGCAGGAGUCAGAAAGCAGACUCUAUAUCACAUUUCGCCAGCAACGCGCCUUUUCCAAAUUUGCGAAUAAGUUUAACCGCUUGGUCAAAGGAGGCAUACCUCACAGAGCAAAGUUCCUGAGGUAUCGCAUCAUUGACGGACCCUCCCUUUGGGUAGGAUAGGUUGUGAAUCAUGCGAAACUCACCGGGUGCCUUUUUGGUGAUGAUGCCUAAUGGGGAUAUAUGCAAACCCUCUAUGGGAGGGACAGAAAAGGGGCCGGCUACCCUCCCUGCCUUAAUUUCUUUAAGUAUUUUCUUGCGCGCCACUUCAGGCAUCUCUCUAACUGAUUUCUGAUUUGGUGGGUCACCUGAAUUGGGGGGGGGGGAAGCAACUGGGAUCCUAAAACCUAAACUAAAACCUUCCCAGAGAAAUAAUGCAGCUGUUCUGUUGGGAUAGAGAUCCAAAAGGGUUUUUAAGGCUCACGUACCCUUUUUCUCUGGGAUGCGGUGCAGGCCGUGAUUUGGGCUGACUUCCCAGAGAGCCAUCACAUGAGCGGUGUGAGUUGUUCAACCGCAUUCUAAAUGACACACAGCAUUACCAAACCAAUAAACAGAAUAUCCAGUCAAUCUUCAGUACCUAUAAAAGAACUUAAGGGAUAGGACCAGAAGCAUUAGCCUCAUCCUUAGGAUCAGAAGCUGAGGCUCCCACAGAUGAGUUGUUGUUUUCAACACAACAAAAGGGAUGGCGUUUCACUCCUGCAUCUGCUGGAGAACUGCCCCCCCUUUUCUAACUAACUGAAAGUACAACCUGGGAAUAUACACAGAAGCCCAAAUGAUUAUUUGGAGGCGGAACAGGUACUGCUCACAGCUGAUGGGGUGCGGCUCUUCCCAUGCGCCGGCUUCUUUAGAGCGGAUUGGUGUCCUGAAGCGACUGUCUGUGGUCCAUGCCUUCCCCUUUCUCCGGGGGGGGGGGAGAAGCCAGGGAGUGAAGGAGGUGAGGACAGGUGACCCCCCCUAGGCCCGAAGUCACCCCAGGCCUCAAAACCAAAUUUCCCCUUUCUCUCGUCUACAACAGCUUUUCUCUGCUCUGCUCUGCUUUCUCACAAGAUGCUGCUGCAUAAGCAAAAGGUUAUUUUUUAUCAGUACAAGAAGGCUUCAAAAAGCUAAUGAAUAGGCUCUGUCAAUGCCAGGAAUAAGCAGGUCUGGGAACUGAGUCUUAUCUCAUCCAGUUGCAACACAUCUUGGACAUGCUGAACGCAAGGCUUCUCAACCCCCUGGCUUCUCAUCCCCCUUUCCUGGGAAGGGCGCCAAGAGUCCCAAGAGUCCCAGGACAGGAGCUUUCUGUUCAUGAGACUUCCGGGUUGGUGCCUCCGGUAAUGGCGGAAUUCCUCUGAUCGGGAGGAAUUUGCCCCGUGGGAAUCUGGGUCUGGCCACCACGGCGAAGGCGGAGACCCGCAAAAAAAUCACAGGCGGGAGAAGCCUGUGAACGUGGGAUUCUGCGGGCACCCUUUGCGCCUCCCCUACUCGCGGGGAAACCCGGUUUUGGGGGUCCGGAGCGACGUGGGGUGAGUGGCGCAGUGCUUCGAAUCGUCUGUUCCUUCCACGGAGCGAAGCCGCAUAGCUGUUGCCGGAGAGCGCUGACUUUUUCCUGUGGACAAUUUGACUUCGAAGUAAUUACCCGUGAGUAGAGCUGAAGCGGGAGAAUUGGAUUUUUAAACGUUUAAUUUGGUAUCGUAACGGGGAGGUUCAAUACAGGAAGUCCGCCUUCCCCUUUUGUAAAUAGACUGAAGCAAUGAGGCUGCAAGCUGAAGUCUUGGAAAGCCUUUUGUAAAAGACUAAAUUUCCAUCGGUAAAGAACAUUAAAUCCCCCCUUGGAGGCAGGAGAAGAGGGGGGGGGAAGUUGUGGACUGAGUAUGCCUGUAGGAGAGAGCGAAGAGAGCUAAAAUACCGCUGCUCCGACCCUGGGAACGGGCUGCUAGCAGGACUGACAUCUUUUGGAAUGUUCAUUGACAGUGUUUAGAACAUUCAUUGACAGCUAGCUAAAUAAGAGAAAUACAUUGUUUCUACUGUCUCCGGCUGCUUUAAAAAAAGGAGUAAAAGUAACUGAAAACUGAAACUAACUUUGGAUUGUUUGAACUGUGUUUAAAAGAGGACAUUACUGACUAAUAUAAAUAGAAACUGUUUCCCCCUAGUAGAAGCCUUUGAACUGGUGACUUUACAAGAGCUGGGCUAGGGGAAUUUCCAGCUGCAAGAUAAAAACUCUGAGACUCGGACUGACCUUGAAUCUUUUAAGUGUUAUGGCAAAUGGAAAGGAAAAAACAGACCAGUUAACUGCUGAAAAAACAUUAAGGUCUGGGAGAACUUGGCAGCAACCCAGGAGAGGCUCAACACCAGGCCUCCCUGCUUCUUCUGCUGCUGCUUCUGCACCAGUACAAUCAAAUUCAAGAGGAAUGUCGACAGAAGGGCCUUAGCGGUUGCAUUAAAUAAGAUAAAUGAUUCAUUGGAACAGCUUAAUAAGAAAGCGGAUGCGACAAAUGCGAAAGUGGAUGCUGCAACUAUUAAAAUCGACUUAAAUACAGAAAGUAUAAAUAACCUGGGACAAAAGGUGAACACCAACAUAGAAACCAUCCAGAAACUGAUACAGGAAUCUACUUUGAUACGGCAGACUGCGGAGGAAGCUAGCGAGAAAGCCAUUGCUUCUGAAUGUAAAGUAACACAACUGGAGAGAGAGAGAGUCCCAGCCCUACAGAGCCAACUUGAUGAACAUAAGUUGACGCUUGCUAUGAUUGAACUUAAAGAAAAACAGACGAAUCUGAGGAUUAGAGCUCUACCCGAAUUGGAGAAGGAAAGUUUGACAGACUUUCUCACACAGGAAUUUGCUGACUUUUGGGACUUGGACUUGGGUCAAGAAGAGUUUAGAAUUGUGAGGGCUUUCAGACUUGGAAGAGGAGGGAAAAAAGAGAAGAAUAGAAUAAGAGACUGCUUGAUCACCCUUCAAACUAAAGAAGAGAGAGAUAGAAUCUUGAGCUGGCACUACCAGAAGAACUUAGAAGUACAACAGUCAAGAGUGGAAAUUUUUUAAGACAUCCCGAAACAUCUUUUGGAUCUUAGGCCUAACUACGGAGAUAUUGUUGCCCUGCUGAGAAGGAAUAAAAUCAUCUUUAGGUGGGAGUUUCCCCAAGGUCUAUCGUUCAAUUUCAAAGGAAGGAAAAUAAAAAUAAGAUCAGUAGAAGAGAAAGUAAAGUUUUUGUAUAAAUACAAAGAAGAUCUGCAGAAGGAACUUGGAAAAGAGCCAAGAGCAUUGGAUAGAAGAUCACCAGAUAGAGGACUAGAGCAAGGAGCAUCGGAUAGAAGAUCACCAAACAGGGUAAUAAUGGAUAUAUCAGCAUUAUCCUUUGGAUUGGAUCUCCCAGUGAACGUGUCACCACCACCACCAACAAAAGAAGAGCAAGCAUUGGGUGCAGUUGGAGGAAUAUCAACGUAAUUACAUAAUGGCGUUGCAGGUUUCGAGCUGGAAUGUGAAUGGACUGAACUCUCCAGAAAAAAGGCGGAGAGUCUUUCAUUUAUUGAAAAAAGAACAUUUGGACUUGAUUUGUUUACAAGAAACACAUGUGAUAAGGCUACACAGGAAAAUAUUGAGUAAUAAAAGACUGGGCCAAUAAUUUAUCUCAUCAGACAAAGUUAAAAAAAGAGGAGUGGUCCUUUAUGCAAAGGAGAGCCUAUCACCGAAAUUCAUAUUCAAAGAUGACCAAGGAAGAUUUGUUGCAAUUGAAAUUCAAUCACAAGGAGAGAAAUUUCUGAUCGUAGGUAUUUAUGCACCAAAUGAAGGAAAAUCGGAGUUCUUUAAGAAGCUACACGAGACUCUGAUGGACUACAUGGACUAUAAUAUGAUCUUGAUGGGAGACAUGAAUGGAGUGGUGUCUACAAAUAUGGACAAGGCACAGAGACAGUUAGUCACCAAAGAUGGCAGACUACCAAAAACCUUUUUCGACAUGACUGAAAAUAUGGAUUUAGUUGACAUUUGCAGAAUGAAGAACCCUCUGGGAAGAGAGGGAACUUUCUUCUCUGAGGCUAAAAUGACAUGGACAAGAAUUGACCAAAUCUGGGUAACCAGGGGAUUGGCUCCGAAGAUCAGCAAAGUGGAGAUUUGCCCCAAAACUUGUUCUGACCCUAAUGCCGUGAAGAUGGAAAUGAAAUUGAUGCCAAUUGGUUCCUUUAUAUGGAGGAUGAACGAUACUUUGUUCAGGAAUGAAGAGGUGACCAAAAAGGCCCAAAAAACUCUAAGAGACUAUUUCGAGAUAAACAUGAAUACUACAGUGGAAAAAAGAGUGAUUUGGGACGCAAGCAAAGCGGUUAUGAGAGGAUUCUUAAUACAAUAGAAUGCAAUUAAGAAGAGAACUCAGAAUGAAAAAAAGGAUAAAAUCCUGGGGAAAAUAAAGGAAGGAGAGAAGAAACUGAGAGCAAAACCAAAGUCACAGGAGAUCUUGAAAGAGAUAAAGUUAUACCAAGUACAAUAUAUGAAGCUGAUGAAUCAGGAAAUAGAAUGGAAGAUUAAACAGAUGAGGCAAAAGACAUUUGAAUCGGCAAAUAAGUGUGGAAAAUUGUUGGCCUGGCAAAUGAAAAAAAGACAAAAACUCAAUACUAUUACGAAUUUGGAAGUGGAAGGAAAGAAUAUACAGAACCCAGUGGAGAUCAGGAAGUGUUUUCAGAGGUAUUUUAAACAACUUUAUACACAGGAGAAGCAGAAAGAAAUGGACAUUGAUCGAUUUUUGAAAAUAAAUGGACUACAUAAAAUCUCUCAGGGAAAACAGCUAAUGUUGAACUACAAAAUAACGGAUCAGGAGGUGGAAGGGGCCAUUCAGAACAUGCAAUUAGGUAAAUCUCCAGGACCAGAUGGUUUGACCUCAAGAUAUUACAGAUCUUUGAAAGAAUGGUUAAUACAACCAUUGAAGGAAGUCUGCAAUGAAAUAUUGGAAGGGAGAAAGGCACCAGAGUCGUGGAAGGAAGCUUACAUUACACUUAUACCGAAAACAGAGACUGAAAAGACACAGCUCAAGAACUACCGCCCCAUAUCGUUGCUUAAUGUGGAUUACAAAAUUUUUGCAGAUAUUUUGGCUAAAAGAUUAAAAAAGGUGUUAGUAGAAGAAAUUCAUAAAGACCAAGCAGGCUUUCUCCCGGGCAGACACUUGUCUGACAAUAUGAGGAAUAUAAUUAAUAUUCUAGAAAAACUACAAGUGAAUAUCAAUACUAAGGCAGUUUUGAUAUUUGUGGAUGCAGAGAAAGCCUUUGACAACAUCUCUUGGAGUUUUAUGAAGAAGAAUAUACAGGGGAUGGGGGUAGGUCAAGGUUUUGAAAACAGUAUAGGUGCAAUUUAUUCAGAACAAAAGGCAAAAUUAAUUGUGAACAAUGUAGUGACAGAAGAGUUUAAGAUUGAGAAAGGGACACGGCAAGGUUGCCCAAUUUCUCCAUUGCUUUUUAUAUCGGUCCUUGAGGUGUUGUUAAAUAUGAUUAGAAAGGACAAAGAGGUUAAAGGUAUACAAGUGGGAGCUAAACAGUACAAACUGAAAGCAUUUGCUGAUGACUUAGUAUUGACUUUACAAUGACUUAGUAUUGACUUUACAGGAGCCAGAAUCUAGUACUAAAAGGGUAUUGGAACUGAUCCAAGAAUUCAGACAGGUAGCAGGUUUUAAGUUGAACAAGAUGAAAACUAAGGUUUUAGAGGAAAAUUUAACUGGGAAUGAGAGAGAGAAGUUUCAGGAGGAGACAGGACUAACAUUGGUUAAGAAAGUGAAAUACUCAGGGGUUAACAUGACUGCCAAAAAUGUGAAUUUAUAAAUAAAUGCGAAUUUAUUUAAGGAUAACUAUGAAAAAUGUUGGAUUGAAGUAAAAAAGGAUUUAGAAAUAUGGACAAAUUUGAAGUUAUCAUUGUUAGGCGGAAUUGCUGUGAUAAAAAUGAAUGUAUUGCCAAGGAUGUUGUUUUUAUUUCAAACAUUGCAAAUUUUGGAUAAGAUGGAUUGUUUCAAGAAGUUGUUUUAAUAAUGCAUUUGGCUGGCAUGCAUAUUUGUGGUACGAUAAGGUAAAAGCACAUAAAGCGUUUAAAAAUCAUAUUGUUAGAAAAGCAUUGUUUAAUGUUUGGAUAAGAUAUAAGGAUUUGUUAGAAAAGAAAACCCCAAGAUGGUUGUCACCAAUGGAAGCGAAGGCACAGAAAAAACUCAAUAUGGAGGCCAAAUGGCCGAAAUAUUGGGAAAUUCUGGAACAAGAUGGAGACAGAAUAAAAUUGCAGAGCUUUGAAAAAUUGAAAAAUAAAGUGCGAGAUUGGCUCCAUUAUUACCAAAUAAUGGAGGCAUACAAUUUGGACAAAAAAGUUGGUUUCCAGGUGGAAGAAUCAAAAUUGGAAACAGAAUUGUUAGAGCCAAAAAUCAAGAAUCUGUCAAGAAUGUAUAACUUGCUGUUGAAAUGGAACACUCAGGAUGAAAUGGUGAAAUCAGCUAUGAUUAAAUGGGCACAAGAUGUUGGACAUAACAUAAUGAUGGCUGACUGGGAACAGUUAUGGACCACAGGUAUGAAAUUCACGGCAUGUAAUGCCCUAAGAGAAAAUUUAAUGAAAAUGAUUUAUAGGUGGUACAUGACCCCAGUCAAGCUUGCAAAAAUUUACCAUUUGCCCGAUAAUAAAUGUUGGAAAUGUAAUGAGACUGAAGGUACAUUCUUUCACCUUUGGUGGACAUGCCCAAGGAUUAAGACAUUCUGGGAGAUGAUUUAUAACGAAAUGAAAAAGGUAUUCAAAUACACCUUCCCGAAGAAACCAGAGGCCUUUCUCCUGGGCAUGGUCGGCCAAUUGGUGCCAAAGAAGGAUAGAACUCUUUUUAUGUUAUGCAACAACAGCAGCAAGAAUACUCAUCGCGAAGUAUUGGAAGACACAAGAUUUACCCACCCGGGAAGAAUGGCAGAUGAAGUUGAUGGACUAUAUGGAAUUGGCGGAAAUGACUGGCAGAAUCCGAGACCAGGGAGAAGAGUUGGUGGAAGAAGACUGGAAAAAGUUUAAAGACUAUUUACAGAAAUACUGUAAAAUUAAUGAACAAUGUUGGAAUGAUGUUGGAAUGAAGUUAUAUGGCUUUAGUAGAAAUGUUAUAAGGAAUUAAGUAUAAAUAGAUAAUAGAGUGUUAAAGGAAAAAAUAAGGCUAGAAUGUGUUAAGAUAAUUAUAGGAUAGAAAACAGAGGAAGAUGGAAAGGAAUUGCUGAAACAAUUAAUAGAAGUGGAAUACAAAAAGGGAGGUGUGAGGAGGUCAUGGAAAUAAGUGAAUGAGAGAUAAGAUAUUGAAAUUAUGUGAUGUGUUUUAAACUGUUUUUGUUUUUUGUUAGUUUAAUGUGUUAAUGUUAUGUGUUAGUAUUAGUGUUAUGUAGUGUUUUUGUAUUGUAUUGUAUUGUCCAUUUUUUUUCUUUUUUGUAGUGUUUAAAUUGUUGGAAAAGCAAUAAAUAUUAUUAUUAUUAUUUUUAAAAAGAGCUUUCUGUUCAUGCUCAGGGAAACUCAUGAGGCAGGACUCCUGAGGAGGGGGAGAAGGGGGAGGGAACUGGAGGGGAAUAUAUGCUCUGUGCAAAUGGCUGCGAACUUGUGCUUGUUUGUGAAGUUAUCACUCUAGCUCCUUCUACCAAUCCCGGAUGGUAGAAAUAAAGCUUUUUCUCUGAAAUUAUCCCUUGAGUGCCUGUUUGACUCCCCUUUCCCUCUCUCGGGUGCAAUGCUCUUCCCACCCGAGGGCAAAGCCUGAAAAGGCUACAGGAGUUGUGGCGUCCUCAGGCACAGAGGUUUUCCAGGUAGCUAGUCCCAGGGUCCACUUCUGCAGGCAGCGCACCUCCACCCGCACACAAGACAAGCCGCCUGCAGGAGUCGACUCCUGCAAAGUGGCCCAGCAAGGGGAGAUCCUUCCAGCAAGGUUUCAGGGCAGACCUUCAGCCAGACCUAGUCUGUCCUGGGAUCCACCCAUAAUGAGAAAACUAAAACAAAACUAUUCACACAAAAGGCAGGCCUUACAUCCAGGCUUUUACUGACCGUACAUUAAAAGACCUUUUCACAAGAGAUAUUGAAGAUAAUAAAACACAGCACCCAGAAUUAGGAAGAGAUAACCAGGCUGGAAUAGUAGAUCAUGUCAGAUCAUUUUCCUCCACAAAUUUUACAAUAUUCUUCCGCGGUAUCCACUUCCUCCCCCCUUGGAUCUACAUGAGCUUGCUAUUUCCAGGUCUGUCAAAUAUUUGGUCAUCCUUCUCACUCUGAGUAAAAAGACUUCCUCAUUUCAAUGUUUACAAAUAAAAAUACAAUACCAAAUACUUUGAAUCAUUCCCAGAUUCUGUCAAUAUCCAGGGUAAUAUUUCCCAAUUGCUAAAUUUCCAGCAAUCAAAACUGGAAUAUCAUAUUCCAGUCUUAAUAGAUUACCUAAAAAUGACAAUUUCUUAUCCAGAGAUUCUAUUUAUUUUUUUAAAAUAAUUUUUUAUUGAUUUUUCCAUGGAUUCUACUUCUAACAAUGUAUCUUUAACAAUUUUUCAUAUUUCGACCCUCCUCCCCUGGACUUCCCUCGUACUCACAUUUGUUUUAUUUCCCUAUUGUUCACCUUGCAUAUUUGAUGUUUCCCAUAAAUUUCCUCUAUAUAGCACAUAUAGUCUUAUUUUUUGUUGUAGACAGUUGUGAUUGUUCACUCAAACCCUGACAAUGAGUCCAUUUCUUUAUGUUGCCUCUUCAUAUAUGUUGUAAAUGGUUCCCAUUCUCUUUUAAAGACUUUGUUGUCCUUUUCAUGUAAUUUUUCUGUUAGUUUUGCCGGUUCUGCAUAUUCCAUAAGUUUCCCUUGCCAUUGUUCUUUCGUUGGUAUUUCUUCUGUCUUCCAAGUUUGUGCUAAUAAAAUUCUUGCCGCUGUUGUUGCAUACAUAAAUAAUUUCCAAUUUUCUUUUUUUACAUCUUGGUCUAAAAUUCCUAGAAGGAAUGCUUCUGGUUUCUUAACAAAAGUCUUUUUAAACAGUUUUUUCAAUUCAUUAUAUAUCAUUUCCCAAUAAUUCCUAAACUUUUUGCAUCUUGCAGGAUGGCUUUUUUUCUAAAAAGAAAAAAGCAAAACAAGAUCUACCCCUCAUACGAGGAUGAGGCCCCUGCCCUACUGCCGCCAUUGGCGAAGCCUUCAACAUCAGCCACAGAGGACAGGAGGAAAAAUCAAGUUGCACCCAAAAACAAGAUCUACCCCUCAUAUGAGGACGAGGCCCCUGUCCUACUGCCAGCAUUGGCAAAGCCUUCAACAUCAGCCACAGAGGACAGGAGGAAAAAUCAAGUUGCACCCAAAAACAAGAUCUACCCCUCAUAUGAGGACGAGGCCCCUGUCCUACUGCCAGCAUUGGCAAAGCCUACACCAUCAGCGGCAGAGGCCAGGGCGGCAGAGGCCAGACCCCUAGUCUUGCCAGGGCUGGCGCAGCCCCGGACCAGCAAGCAAGACCCAAGCCAGCGGCGGCCCUCAAAAAAGAAGAGCCUUGAGGACUCUGGGCCAGCGUUCCCAGGUGAGUAGGCAGAACCAGAUCCCUUUUGGGUUCCCCUUGGCCUUAGACUUGGUGUUUACCUCUACGGAUGUUGGUGAUCUGACACUAACUAAAAGCGAAACAAAAGAAGUGCCAUGGUCAGAUCACUUCCUGGUGCAACUGGACUUCUCCGCGACCCUUCCCCUCUGCAGGGAGGUGGGACCAAUUCGGAUGGUCCUCCCCCGCUACUUAAUGGAUCCAACUGGUUUCCAGAGAGUGGUAGGGGAUGUUUUAUCCCAAGUUGAUGGCCUCUCGGGUGAUUCCCUGGUGGCCCGUUGGAAUGCGGAGUUAACCAGGGCUAUUGACUGUAUGGCUCCGAAGCGCCCUCUCCGAUUGCAUGGAGCCCGGACAGCCCCGUGGUUUUCCCCAGAGCUGAGGGCGAUGAAACAAUCAUUGAGACGGCUAGAGCGCUGGUGGUGGAAAACUCACUCUGAAUCAGACUGGACACGGGCUAGAGCUCAACGUCGAGCCUACCAAGUGGCAAUGGCGACGGCAAAGAGGGCCUUCUUCGCCGCCUCCAUUGCAUCUGCAGAAAACAGCAGCAGGAGACUUUUUCAGGUGGUUCGCAAUCUAUCGGAACCACCUGCACCACCGGGGCCUGGUAGGGAUCCCAAGAUCUCCUGCAAUGCUUUUGCAAAGUUUUUUGCAGAUAAAGUCACUCAGAUUCAGAAGGAGGUAGACUCCACUGUGGGAGCAGGGCCAGGGCGGGAGAGCGCUAGAGUUGUGUCUAGUCCUGUUACAUGGGAUCAAUUCCAAUCUGUUACCUCCGAGGAUGUGGACAGGCUGCUUGGACAAGUGAAACCGAUCACCUGUCUCCUUGAUCCUUGCCCAUCCUGGCUGAUAAAAGCAAGCCGGGGAGGGCUGGGCGAUGGGCUCUGCGGGGUGGUGAAUGCUUCUCUCUGUGAGGGAGCCUUCCCAGACCCGCUGAAAGAGGCGGUCAUUAAACCGCUUCUUAAAAAAACAUCUUUAGACCCAGCCAAUUUGGCAAACUAUCACCCAGUCUCAAAUUUACCAUUCUUGGGCAAGGUGAUUGAGCGCGUGGUUGCUGAACAACUCCAGGCACGCCUGGAGGAUGCGGACCAUUUGGAUCCCUUCCAAUCGGGAUUCAGGCGUCACCAUGGGACUGAAACUGCCUUAAAGAAUCAUAGAAUCAUAGAGCUGGAAGAGACCACAAGGGCCAUCGAGUCCAACCCCCUGCCAAGCAGGAAACACCAUCAGAGCACUCCUGACAUAUGGUUGUCAAGCCUCUGCUUAAAGACCUCCAAAGAAGGAGACUCCACCACACUCCUUGGCAGCAAAUUCCACUGUCAAACAGCUCUUACUGUCAGGAAGUUCUUCCUAAUGUUUAGGUGGAAUCUUCUUUCUUGUAGUUUGGAUCCAUUGCUCCGUGUCCGCUUCUCUGGAGCAGCAGAAAACAACCUUUCUCCCUCCUCUAUGUGACAUCCUUUUCUAUAUUGGAACAUGGCUAUCAUAUCACCCCUUAACCUCCUCUUCUCCAGGCUAAACAUGCCCAGCUCCCUUAGCCGUUCCUCAUAAGGCAUCGUUUCCAGGCCUUUGACCAUUUUGGUUGCCCUCCUCUGGACACGUUCCAGUUUGUCAGUGUCCUUCUUGAACUGUGGUGCCCAGAACUGGACACAGUACUCCAGGUGAGGUCUGACCAGAGCAGAAUACAGUGGCACUAUUACUUCCCUUGAUCUAGAUGCUAUACUCCUAUUGAUGCAGCCCAGAAUUGCAUUGGCUUUUUAGCUGCCGCAUCACACUGUUGGCUCAUGUCAAGUUUGUGGUCAACCAAGACUCCUAGAUCUUUUAAUUGUUAUGUUUUUUUAUUGUUGAUUUUGCUUUUCGUGUUUUUUUUUAUUUUCUUUUUGGGAUUUGUAUUGUGUAUUUGUGUAUCUUUUUAUGUUUUUCUUUUUUUCUUUGUUGUUCAAUUUUUGAUCGAAACCUUAAUAAAAAUUAUUUAUAAAAAUAAAAAUAAAAUAAAUAAAGUUCGUCUUGUUUGUUUUGGCCUAGUUCUCUAAUCUGUCAAGGUCGUUUUGAAGUGUGAUCCUGUCCUCUGGGUGUUAGCCACCCUCCCAGUUUGGUGUCAUCUGCAAAUUUGAUCAGGAUGCCCUUGAGUCCAUCAUCCAAGUCGUUGAUAAAGAUGUUGAAUAAGACCGGGCCCAAGACAGAACCCUGUGGCACCCCACUAGUCACUCUUCUCCAGGAUGAAGAGGAACCAUUGAUGAGCACCCUUUGGGUUCGGUCAGUCAGCCAGUUACAAAUCCACUGAGUGGUAGCAUAGUCAAGACCGCAUUUUACCAGCUUCUUUACAAGAAUAUCAUGGGGCACCUUGUCAAAUGCCUUGCUGAAAUCAAGGUAGGCUACAUCCACUGCGUUCCCUUCAUCUACCAGGCUUGUAAUUCUGUCAAAAAACGAGAUCAGGUUAGUCUGACAUGACUUAUUUUUCAGAAAUCCAUGCUGACUAUUGGUGAUCACAGCAUUCCUUUCUAGGUGCUCACAGACUGUUUGCUUAAUGAUCUGCUCCAGAAUCUUCCCUGGUAUUGAUGUCAGACUGACUGGGCUGUAAUUAUUGGGUCCUCUCUUUUCCCCUUUUUGAAAAUAGGGACAACAUUUGCCCUCCUCCAGCCUGCCGGGACUUCGCCUGUUCUCCAGGAAUUCUCAAAGAUGACUGCCAGUGGUUCUGAGAUCACAUCUGCCAGUUCUUUUAAUACUCUUGGAUGCAGUUCAUCUGGCCCUGGAGACUUGAAUACAUCUAAACUAGCCAAGUAUUCUUGUACUAUCUCCUUAGUUAUUCUGGGCUGUGUUUCCUCUGCUGAAUCAUUUGCUCCAAAUUCUUCAGGUCGGGCAUUGUUUUCUUUAUCGGAGAAGACUGAGGCAAAGAAGGCAUUGAGGAGUUCAGCUCUUUCUGUGUCCCCUGUUUGCAUUUCACCAUCUUCUCCUCUGAGUGACCCCACUGUUUCUUUGUUCUUCCUUUUGCUACGAACAUACCCAUAAAAGCCUUUUUUGUUGCUUUUAACCUCUCUAGCAAGCCUGAGUUCAUUCUGUGCUUUAGCUUUUCUGACUUUGUGUCUACUAUUGUGCAGCCUAUUUGUUUGAAUUCCUCUUUGGUGGUUUCCCCCCUUUUCCAUUUUUUGUACACAUCCUUUUUUAAUCUUAACUCAGUUAAAAGUUCUUUAGAUAGCCACCCUGGCUUCUUUAGGCACCUUCCAACCCUCCUCUUAGGUCUGGUCGGGGUUCUUCCAUGAGCUGUCCGUUCCAAGGUCGCCUGCACAUUACCUGAUGACUGACUUUGCUGCUCGUCUUCAUAUACCUGAUCGACUGUAAUGAGGGAGAGAUCCUCAAUAGGAGUCUGCUCUUCGUCUUCCAUGCUAGGGGAGAGGACCUCAAAGCGAUUGUGUAUUUCUAAAUAUGCUGGUUGGUCGCGCUGGUUGAUGAUCUCCGGUGAGCUAGGGACAAAGGUGAGAGCUGUUUCCUAGUUCUGCUGGAUCUCUCAGCGGCCUUUGACAGCAUCGACCAUAACAUCCUUCUGGACCGUCUAGAGGGGCUGGGAGCUGGGGGCACUGUUAUACGGUGGUUCCGCUCCUUUCUCCUGGGCUGUGCCCAGAAAGUGGUGUUGGGGAAUGAGUGUUCAGACCCCUGGUCUCUCACUUGUGGGGUGCCUCAGGGUUCCGUCCUCUCCCCCAUGCUUUUUAAUAUCUAUAUGAAGCCGCUGGGAGAGAUCAUCAGGGGGUUUGGGCUGGGUGUUCAUCAGUAUGCAGAUGACACCCAGCUCUACCUCCUUUAAAUCAGAACCAGUGAAGGCGGUGAAGGCCCUGUGUGAGUGCCUGGAGGCGGUUGGAGGAUGGAUGGUGGCUAACAGAUUGAGGUUGAAUCCUGACAAGACUGAAGUCCUGUUUUUGGGGGACAGGGGGCGGGUGGGUGUAGGGGAUUCCCUGGUCCUGAAUGGGGUAACUGUGCCCCUGAAGGACCAGGUGCACAGUCUGGGAGUCACUUUGGACUCACAGCUGUCCAUGGAGGCGCAGGUUAAUUCUGUAUCCAGGGCAGCUGUCUACCAACUCCACCUGGUACGCAGGCUGAGACCCUACCUGCCUGGGAACUGUCUCACUAGAGUGGUGCAUGCUCUAGUUAUCUCCCGCUUGGACUACUGCAACGCACUCUACGUGGGGCUACGUUUGACGGUGACCCAGAAACUGCAAUUAAUCCAGAAUGCGGCAGCUAGACUGGUGACUGGGAGCGGCCGCCUGGACCACAUAACACUGGUUCUGAGAGAUCUGCAUUGGCUCCCAGUACGUUUCUGGGCGCAAUUCAAAGUGUUAAAGCCCUAAACGGCCUCGGUCCAGUAUACCUGAAGGAGCCUCUCCACCCCCAUCGUUCAGCCUGGACACUGAGAUCCAGCGCCUAGGGCCUUCUGGUGGUUCCCUCAUUGCGAGAAGUAAGGUUACAGGGAACCAGACAGAGGGCCUUCUCAGCAGUGGCGCCCACCCUGUGGAAUACCCUCCCUUCAGAUGUGAAGGAAAUAAGUAGCUACCCUAUCUUUAAAAGACAUCUGAAGGCAGCCCUGUUUAGGGAAGUUUUUAACAUUUAACGCUGUAUUGUUUUUAAUACUUGAUUGGGAGCCGCCCAGAGUGGCUGGGGAAACUCAGCCAGAUGGGCGGGGUAUAAAUAAUAAAUUAUUAUUAUUAUGAUACAAGGCCGGGGUCUCUCUUGGUUUCCUUGAUGUCUGGGUGCAAAUCCCCCCCCUCCUUGUUAAGAGGCGUGUAACAUGGAGCAGGGACUUCCGGGUGGCUGUUCUGCAUUGCUGGGGGUUGGACUAGGUGACCCCGCAGGUCCCUUCAGACGCUACAGUUCUAUGAUCCCUGUUCAGAUAUGGCAUGCACCCGCUCAUUGCAACAGGCGAGAAGCCCCCUGAGAAAGAACUUGCCGUCUUUUCUCGUGUAUAAGACGAGGUUUUUUACCCCCCAAAUCAAGUGUCAAAUUGGGGCUCCUCUUCUACAGGGGGAGUGCUGAGGGGGGACGGGUGCUUGGUUGUAGCCGCCAGGAAGAGAUUUCCAGCCAUGAUUUCUUUGCUGUGGAAAGGGCUGUUGUCGACUGGCAGACGAUAGGUGACUUGGUGGUUGAUGCGUGCAAUUGUGCAAUUUGAUUAAUGGCUCCCUCCCCCCAAAUAAAGCUCAACCACUCUGGGCAACCCCUCCCCCAAAAAGCUUAAGAAGUCUUGGCAAUCUGCCCCCAUUUUCUAAAUUUUGAGUGCCCAAAAAUAGGGGGCGUCUUAUACAUGGGGGCGUGUUAUACAUGGAAAAAUACGGUACCUUUCCCUCUCAUCCGCCUCAUUUACUCACCUCUCUCUCUCUCUCUCUCUCUCUUUCUUUCUGAAGAACUCUCUGAUGAAAACUUCGAGUACUUGUGGAUGGGUAAGAAAAUGCUGGGAGGAAGAACCGUCAGAGAAGCCUUGGAGAUGAUGGAUGAAAGGGAGAUUUUGGACACCAUCCUCCAACACCUCCAGCCAGCUCCCCAGGUGUGUGUGAUGCAGGGUGGAUUUGAUUGAAAUCAAAUCAAUUUAAAACAUAUUUUUACAUUCUUGCUUGUAUAAUCUUAAUAUUUACAACCAGAUGAAGGUUUCAUUUUGGGAAUAAUAAAUUUCCAGAGUAGUUUUUACUACUGAUUUGGUUAUACUGUUAAGAAUGCAUAGACAGAUAAUUAUGAAAUUAUUGUGGGGUAUAAUAAGUUAACUGUGUACAGACGCUUCAGGUUACAUACACUUUAGGUUACAGACUCCGCUAACCCAGAAAUAGUACCUCGGGUUAAGAACUGCCAUCGGCUCAGGGGCGAGAGGGGAAAAGCCGGGUGGAUUACAGAGAGCCCCCAAAGAUCGUGGGAAGCAGCACUUCCUCAGCGGAGGAAGGGGAGGAGAUGCAGGGGUCGGAGGAGGCAAGGCGGUGCCAGGACACCUUGCCUGAGCAAAGCGGGGAGGAGGGGGGUCCCCCAUUACCCAAGCCUUCCUUGCGCAGUAGGCUUCCGCGCAGAGAGGGGAGGCACAGACUGGGCGCCAAGAAAUUACUCUGCUGGGGAAGGUUGAAGGGCCGCCCACUCUCAGAUUCUGCCCGUGAAUGAGCAAGACACGGAAUAGAGGCCCUCUGCAUUCUAAAAGUUUUGAUCACUAAGAAGAAAGCUGGAAAACAGACUCUUGAGCCAUAUUGCCUGAUUGCUCUCAAGCAACCAACCGAUACCUCUAACAGUGGUGCUUCAGGUUAAGAACAGUUUCAGGUUAAGAACAGACCUCCGGAACGAAUUAAGUUCUUAACCUGAGGUACCACUGUAUAUUUGGACAACUUUUCUGCUGUACCUUAUUGGAAGGAGAAAAAUAAUCAUUUCCUUAAUAAGAAUUUAAACAAUUUAUUUAACUAAAACAAUAACAUUAUAGCUUAUAUAUCCAUGUUUCUUAACUGAUGUAGUUAAACAUUUUUUUUAAAAAAAAUUCUUAGACUGAAUUUUAUCAUAUAUGAAAAACUUAAAAUAAAUCCUUACUUCCCCGUGAAUAGCCUUUGGACUAUAAUGCAACUUAAAUAGAAAAAUAUAUUCCGAAAGAUUUUUCCUCCAAAAGCAUUUUAUUUUAGAAAUACAAUUUAAUUUUUUUAAAAAAUGUGAUUUAAAUCAAAGAAAUCUAUUAAAAAAAAUAAUGAGUCAUUGAUUUUUAUCCACCCUGGUCUGAUGUUGCGCAGCGUGAACCAGGAUUCCCCAACCUGGUGCCCUCUAAAUGUUCUGGACCAUAUGCUGCCUGGGGCUGGUGGGAGCAUGUAGAAGGGUUCAAGUUGAGGGGAACUGCCAUGAACUAUCACAGGCAAAGGCAAACUCGGCCCUCCAGCUGUUUGGGGACUACAGCUCCCAUCAUCCCUAGCUAACAGGACCAGCGAGUCAGGGGUGAUGGGCAUUGGAGUCCCCAAACAGCUGGAGGGCCGUGUUUGCCUAGGCCUGAACUAUUGGGAGCUCAGCUUGGAGGAAGGCCCUAUUUGCACAUGCAAGAGACGACUUUCCCCUGGUGAGAAGGAGUGGUGACCGCCAGUCUGGGGGGGCUUGAAAAGAGGACCAGGCAAACUUGGGGAAGCAGAGAAGGCGAUCAGUGCAGGAUCUGUAGAUCGGAAGAAGAACCAAUCCAUGAACUUGAUUUGGUGGGGUGACUUGGACCCCAGGAAAUGUUGCAUGUUUUUUUCUUUAACUUUUGCAACUGAUCGUUCCCGAUAUCUGGGAACGUUUCAGAACCCGAUAUUGUGCAGUAAAAGUUUUUGUGACUGUAUUGUGCCAAAUGUGGCCAAUAUUUCCUCUUCGCUCUCAAGAGCAGUUAAUUUGCCAGGCCUGGGCAUUUGGCAGAGCAGGCAAGCAAAUACUUUAUGCAACAGAAAAUUUAAUAAAUAAUCAUACUGGAAGUGGUAUUGUCUGUUUGUUAUUAUGGUAUGUAUUUUUGAGUCUACAGUGGUGCCCCGCAAGACAGAUGCCUCGCAAAACGGAAAACCCGCUAGACGAAAGGGUUUUCCGUUUUGGAGGUGCUUCGCAAAACAAAUUUCCUAUGUGCUUGCUUCGCAAGACGAAAAUGUCUUGCGAGUUCCUGAGGGUUUUUUUCCCUCCCCCCCCUUUUUCCCAAGCCGCUAAACCGCUUAUCAGCUGUUCGGCUAAGCCACUUAACAGCUGAUCGCUAAGCCGCUUAUCAGCUGAUCGUUAAGCCGCUUAUCAGCUGAUCGUUAAGCCGCUUAUCAGCUAUCAUUAAGCCGCUUAACAGCUGAUCGCUAAGCCGCUUAUCAGCUGAUCCUCUAAGCCCGCUAAGGCGCUAAUACUGUAGCGCUAAUCCGCUAAACCGCUAAUGGGCUUGCUUCGCAAGACGAAAAAACCCGCAAGACGAAGAGACUCGCGGAACGGAUUCUUUUCGUCUUGCGAGACACCACUGUAUAUUGUAAACCGCCCUGUGAUCUUCGGAUGAAGGGCAGUACCGGAAUUUAAUAAAUACCGUAUUUUUGCUCUAUAAGACUCACUUUUCCCUCCUAAAAGUAAGGGGAAAUGUGUGUACAUCUUAUGGAGCGAAUGCAGGCUGCACAGCUAUCCCAGAAGCCAGAACAGCAAGAGGGAUUGCUGCUUUCACUGCGCAGCAAUCCCUCUUGCUGUUCUGGCUUCUGAGAUUCAGAAUUCCCCCCCCCCCUUGUUUUCCUCCUCCAAAAACUAGGUGCGUCUUGUGGUCUGGUGCGUCUUAUAGAGCGAAAAAUACGGUAAUAGUAAUAGCCACAAUGCCUAGAUUCUGUUUGUUCAGGGCAGGAAACAAAGUGCUUUAAAUGAAUGGUGUGUCUCCCAGUCCAGAGGAUUUAUUGAAUCUUCUGUGGAGUGUUACUUUAAAAAAGAAGAAGAAUUGAUUGCAAUAGAUUUUACUCCAAAUGAUUUUUGCAAGAAGUCUAUUUCUAGGCAUGUGGGGUUUUUUUUAGAGAAGACAAGUGGCAGAUAGAUGGCAACUGUUCUCUAGACAAGAAACAUGACACUUUUCUUCAUUUUAUUCCCAGCAGAAGACAUCCAAGCCUGGACACAACAAGGUAAGUCCUUGUCGCGAAUUCCUCACGGCGCUUUUAGCAGAAUGCUCAGAGUCCCAGGUUCUUUAGUGCAGUAUUUAUUAUUGUGAGCUCAAUAUAUAUACAAAUAUCUACAGAAGCAGUUCAUCUAAUCAGACAGAGUACCUGCACCUUGAGGCAAAAGAAGACUCCACACUCAUCUACACCACUCCACCACUAUUGGACAGGCUUCCCUUUUAAACCAGUGACAGCCAAUCACAUUACUGCUGCGUCAUUCUGACCCAGCACUUCCACAGAGAGUAUUGGAUCUGUAGCCUUAUUGGAGUUCACUGAUUGGGUCUGCGUUGCUCCAGGACAGGAGGAAGGAAGCCAAAUGACACCGAGGUUGAUUCAAAGAAGAAAGAGUUUAUUCUGCUCUCCGGAUAGCAGAAGGUACUUGCGUGAUCAAGUCCACAGCAAGUCCAAAGAAAUGACAAGUUUCAUGCAGUAUAUAUAUCCUCCAGGCACUCUCUCCAUCCUUCCAACCACAUCAGCCUAUGUACGCAGGUUGACAUCACAUAUGUUCUUGCUCUGGUAUUUUUAACCAUAAAAGGGUGUUCCUUCCUGUACUUCUGACCAUAAAAGGAUCUUCCUCUUCCUACUCUUAUCUGGGAGGAAUAGGUCAUAAUCUCCGGGAACACGCUCUGGUGCUGUUCCCAGAUUGGGUCUGUGCGUCUUUUGUGGUCAGCACAUAAGAUAAGGCACACACGCAUCAUCCCUGCUCUACUGGAACUUGGCAAGGUGACUCAUUGCCGCCACAGUCUGAUAAGGGAGAGAGCUUCGAGCACAGCUGGGUUUUUGUUUAUACAUUGACUCAGAGCUCAAGUUAAUGGAUUUUAGCUAAGGAAAAAUAGGGAAUUUGGUGCAGUUUUCAAACUGCCUUCACAGUCAGUUUUGGGUUUGGGAAACCCAUUCCUUUACAUCAGCCUGUUGCAAACUGAAGCCUGCAGACUUACUUGCACAGCAUCCUGCAAAUCCCAACACUCCUCCUUAAGUCAAAGGCUUGAGACCUAAUAAUUCUCUUAAGUCUUGAAAUUUAGGAGCAUCCAAACAUUUUGUAUACAAAUCCGCCACAUUACAUUUUGUGUUACAGUGCUGUACCUUUAACACAUUUCUUUCCAAAGCAUUUUUCACAUUUCCGUAUCUUAUAGCAAUAUGUUUACUCUUGCUCUUAAAGUUCUGUUGGUUAGCAAGCUGUUGUGCAGCCAUGUUGUCACUUAGCACAGUGAUUGGCAUUUCAGAAGGUAUUCCAAGCUCUUUUGUUAGGCAAGCAAACCACUCUAUUUGUGACACACAUUCACUUAUGGCUGAGUACUCUGCUUCACAAGUACUUGUGGCAACAAAUGUUUGUUUCUGGGAUUUCCACUGAACCAGGGCAUUUCCAAUAUAUAUGGCAUAGCCAGUGGUAGACUUUCCAUUUUCUCUGUCCCCCCAGCUGGCAUCAGCGUAUGCAUACACUUGCUGAUCAUAUCCUGUAUCCAGCACCAGUUUGUAAUCUUUUGUGCCUUUCAGAUACCUUAGGAUUCUUUUAAGUGCUACCCAAUCUCUCUGAGCCAGGUCUGCACUUCUUUGCAGUGUGCACUGCCAAUGUUAUGUCGGGUCUUGUCCAACAACUUAAAUAUAACAGAGAACCUAACAGAGAAUGAAACGCUGUGCAUUCUCACAUUUUUGCCCUUCUGGUUCCUUUUUGAAUUGGUAGUUAUGGGAGUGUCAACCUCACUUGCCCUCUCCAUUCCAUAUGUCUUCAGUAACUUUUCGAUUUUUUCCUUCUGACUCAGAGAGUAGACGCCCUCUUCAUUUCUCCAAACCUCUACUCCUAAGUAAUUCUGAAUCUCUCCCAAAUACUUCACUUUGUAUUUGUUACCUAGGCUGUUUAUAAACCAAGACACUUGCUUUUGUGCAGUUGUUAUUAGACAGAUAUCAUCAACAUACAAAAGUAAAUAACAAACGCUUCCUUGCACCAUUGCUGAAUAUAAACAGGAAUCAGCCAGGCUUUGUUUGAAUCCCAUCUUUUUCAAAGUUGUGUCUAUGCAUUCAUGCCAUAGACGUGCACUUUGGUGUAAACCAUAUAGUGCCCUUUGCAGCUUUAACACCAUGCUGUCUUUUUCCAGCUCAUAACCUGGUAUUUGCUGUAAAUACACCUCGGCGUCAAUAGGAGCAUUUAGAUAUGCUGAGGCAACAUCAAAAUGAUUAACUUUUAACCCCCUCAGACUUGCCAUUGCUAAAACUGAUUUUACUGUUUCAGCCUUUGCUCUUGGGGCAAACACUUCAUCAUAAUGUAUCAUUUUCCUUUGUGUAAAGCCCCUUGCAACCAGCCUGGCUUUCCUCUGACAACUACCAUCAGCCAGCUUUUUCAUUUUAAAAACCCACUUACAGCUUAUGGGCUUUUUACCUUCAGGCAAUUCUGUAGGUGUCAGCAUCGCCCUUCAGCCAGUGUCACCAACUGGAUUCAUCCACUUCAGCCCCAACUAGGCUAGGCGAGCUGGGUAGCACUUCCAGAGACCACCUUCUGCACAGGAACAGGUCAAAGUGUUGUGGACUCACAGCUUAGAGUUGUGAGCAUCAGAUUCACUUCCACAAGAAGACAGUCGUCGCACAGCAGAGUAUAGCAGAGUACAGCAGAGCAUAAACGACUCAGAGAGAAGCUCUGUAGAAUAUCUUCUUUAUUCUAUCUACAACUAUAAUACACAACUAUAUACAGAGCUAAAUGAGGUCUAAACAAAAAUGAAUGCUGAACUGCACUGAGUGUCUGCAGCUGCUCUUAGCAGCAACCUUAUCUAUACACACAAUCUCUCUCUAACACUCAGUCUCUCUCUCCGACACUUUGAUGUGAGGCUGGAGCGGAAUAAGUAGAGAGCAGAAACCGCCCCUCCUCUCUGGAGAAUCAGCAGAGAACAUCAGCAGAUUCUUGGAUAUGGGAGGGGUGAAAUCUCCUCAGUAGGUACAAACACAUUGUUAUUUAGCAGAGAGUUAUACUCUGCCUGCAUUGCCUUUAACCACACCUCUUUCUCUAGAGUAGGUAACUCUUGCAGUUCUUCAAAGUUUGCUGGCUCAGUUACACAAACCUGGUUUAUGGUGGCUGGGAACCCAUAACGGGCUGGAGGUUGGCCUUUAUUACUUCUUUCAGACCUCCUUGGUUCAUUAAUCUCACCCCUUGGGCUACCUUCAGGACUGCUUUUGGGGUGGAUUGACUCUGGAGAUUUAUCUCCUCCUGUCCCUGUUGCACUUUCUCCCCCACCCCCCCCGCUCCAUGCUAGCAGCUGGAGAAAAAUGCUCAGUCUUUACCUCCUCCCUUUCAAUUUCUCUGGGAGAGCUGCCAAUUCUUAGCUUUCUUUCAACGGCCUUAUCAGUUACGCUCGGCAGUAAAACUUUUUCUGGCAGCAGGUUAGCAUGUAUCUUGGGCCAAUUUCUUUGCUCAUUAAAGCUGGCUGACCGACUAUAACUCAAAAGAUUUUUAUCAUCUUCAAACCUGUAGGCUUUCGUAUUGCUUUCAUACCCAAGAAAUAGCAACUGCUGUGCCCUUUUCCCACCUUUUCUUCGGUUUUUUUACAGGUAUGUCAACCCAUGCCUUUGUCCAAAAGAUUCUCAAAUGUUGCAAACUGGGACUUUUGUUAUAGAGAAUCUUAUAGGGUAUGUCAUCUAGUACCCUUGACCACAAACAAUUUCCAAUAUAAUUCGCUGUCUUAAUACUCUCAGCCCAGUACUUAAUUGGAAGAUUUGCAUCUGCUAACAAUGCUUUCAUUUGUGUCUGCAAGACACCUCCCCUACGCUCUGCUACUCCAUUCUCCCGAGGAGUCGCCACAUUGGUAAGCCUAUGUUUAAUCCCUUGGGAUCGCAACCAGUUUCUUAGGGAGCUUGCUAUAAAUUCUCCUCCCCUGUCUGUCUGAAUAGAGCACACCUUUUGGCCAAGUUGCCUUUCUAUCCUUCUUACCCAGAACUUCAAAGUUUGGGCAACAUCAGAUUUUUGCUUUAAUGGAUAGCCCCAGCCAAAUCUAGAAUAGUCAUCCACUAGGAUCAAACAAUACUUGUUAUGGGAGACACUUGGUGGAAAAGGACCAGUUACAUCAGCAUGAACCAACUCCAGUGGUUUUUUUGUUUCUCUCUGGCUUGCUCUUGCUACUGGGCAAGUCCUGCUUUUAACCUCCUUGCAGAUAUUGCAGUCUAAGUAAUUAUCACAACUUUUAAUGUUUUUCAUCCCCCCCCCCAACUCCAAUGUUUUGUUCAGCACCUUAAAGCUGGCACGAGCCAGACCCCUGUGCAGCAGAUGAAUACACAUAUCAUGGGUUGGGACAUUUUGCACAUUCGCAACCUUAGACUCACACUGCAGUACAUACAUAUUAGUUCUAAGGUUAGCAUUUGCCAAUACUGCCCCAUUUUGCUUUAUCUGGCACUGAUCUCCUACAAAGUUUAUUUCAAAGCCUGCUUUUCCCAAGUCAGGAAUACUCAGGAGAUUGUUUUGCAAACUAGGCACACACAACAUAUUCCUGAAUGUGUGUCCCAGCUGUGGGAACACAAUCUCCCCCUCACAGACUACAUUAGCUUUCUGGCCUGUAGCAAGACUUACAUGGUUUUGUUUGAAGCCCUAGCAUCAGUUAGCAAUGCUUUUCUUUUACAAAAAGUUUGAGAAGCUCUGCUGUCCAGAACCCACAGCUCUUCAUUUUCUUGGCCAUCUGCAGACACCCAAGCGGUAGACUCUCUCUGCUGCCUCCUGUGCAUCUGCUGUUUUUGUUGUUUCCUCGGGCAGUCCCGCAGCAGAUGUCCACUGGACUUGCAGCAAAAACACCUUUUUACCUUGUUGACCACCGGCUGGUCUGCAGCAGCUCCUCCUGGCUGUUUCUCCGGCUCCCGACACCUCUGCUCUUCCCGGCUGUUGUUCCCUCUGGGAUGCUCCAACAGCUGGGCUGAGGUCAUCUUUCGCUCUGCACGCCUGUCCUCCUCUGCAUACAACCGUCUGGUAAUGUAUUCCAGAGUCAGCUUAUCAGUCUCUACCGACUCAAGGGAAUUGACCAGCAUAUCAUAGCUGUCAUCAAGGGAACUCAGGACUAUAAAGACUUUGUCCUCUUCCCCCACAGGCCUCCCUCUUAAGACUAGCUCCUGGAAACAGCCUGUUAGGUAUUUUAGGUGGUUCACCAGGGAGUCCCCCAGUGUCUUCCGACACCAGUAUGUUCUCCUGGUCAGUUUUCAUAGAAUCAUAGAGUUGGAAGAGACCACAAGGGCCAUCGAGUCCAACCCCUUGCCAAGCAGGAAACACCAUCAGAGCACUCCUGACAUAUGGUUGUCAAACCUCUGCUUAAAGACCUCCAAAGAAGGAGACUCCACCACACUCCUUGGCAGCAAAUUCCACUGUCGAACAGCUCUUACUGUCAGGAAGUUCUUCCUAAUGUUUAGGUGGAAUCUUCUUUCUUGUAGUUUGGAUCCAUUGCUCCGUGUCCGCUUCUCUGGAGCAGCAGAAAACAACCUUUCUCCCUCCUCUAUGUGACAUCCUUUUAUAUAUUUGAACAUGGCUAUCAUAUCACCCCUUAACCUCUUCUUCUCCAGGCUAAACAUGCCCAGCUCCCUUAGCCGUUCCUCAUAAGGCAUCGUUUCCAGGCCUUUGACCAUUUUGGUUGCCCUCCUCUGGACACCUUCCAGUUUGUCAGUGUCCUUCUUGAACUGUGGUGCCCAGAACUGGACACAGUACUCCAGGUGAGGUCUGACCAGAGCAGAAUACAGUGGCACUAUUACUUCCCUUGAUCUAGAUCUAUAUCUAGAUUCCCUUGAUCUUGAUCUAGAUGCUAUAUGAGAUUGCUGGGCAGCAGUUGAAGAAGGAGCAAAAAGGGUUUUCUUGUGUGUGUGUGUUUCUUUGUGGCUGAUUGGCUGCUCUCCCUGUGCAAAGGUCAGAGGGGGCAGGGUUUCUGUUGAGGCAGGUGAUUAGCUGUGGGAGGAGCUUAUCAGAGAUUGCUGGGCAGCAGUUAAAGAAGGAGCAAAAUGGGUUUUCUUGUGUGUGUGUGUUUCUUUGUGGCUGAUUGGCUGCUCUCCCUGUGCAAAGGUCAGAGGGGGCAGGGUUUCUGUUGAGGCAGGUGAUUAGCUGUGGGAGGAGCUUAUCAGAGAUUGCUGGGCAGCAGUUGAAGAAGGAGCAAAAGGGUUUUCUUGUGUGUGUGUGUUUCUUUGUGGCUGAUUGGCUGCUCUCCCUGUGCAAAGGUCAGAGGGGGCAGGGUUUCUGUUGAGGCAGGUGAUUAGCUGUGGGAGGAGCUUAUCAGAGAUUGCAGGGCAGCAGUUGAAGAAGGAGCACAAAGGGUUUUCUUGUGUGUGUGUGUUUCUUUGUGACUGAUUGGCUGCUCUCCCUGUGCAAAGGUCAGAGGGGCAGGGUUUCUGUUGAGGCAGGUGAUUAGCUGUGGGAGGCGCUUAUCAGAGAUUGCAGGGCAGCGGCGCGCCUGGCGCGCGCAGUUUUAUCCAUCUUUUAGAUUUAGGGAGCUAGUCUCAAACGUUUGUUGGGGAAGACCUAGGUUUUUUUGUGGGGGGAGUUAUUUUUCCUGUCUUCACGCUUUUUAUGAUGGAGGACCACUGUAGCCACCCCCAACGACACGUUCUCAAGAUGGAGGGAGGGAACAGCUGCAGUCGCCUGCGGUUCCUGCGCAAUGCUUGCCAUCUUGCCAAAGGUUGCAGGCAGCUUUACCUGCAGCAAUUGCAUGUUGAUUGCCCUCUUAAAAGACAAAGUCCAGCAACUGGAGGAACGUGUAGCUACGCUCCAAAGAAUUAGAGAGCUGGAGCUCUUCUUGGAAGCAACAGAGCACACCGUCUCCACCAAGGAGGAGACAGGGGACUCCCCUGAGAAGGACGCUAGUUCACCAACACAGGAGCCAGAUAUAUGGAGAAACGUGACUCAAAGAAGUAGGAGGCCCAGGGUUCGCUCUGAUUGUUUAGAAAUACACAAUCGCUUUGAGGUCCUCUCCCCUAGCAUGGAAGACGAAGAGCAGACUCCAUUUGAGGAUCUCUCCCUCAUUACAGUCGAUCAGGUAUAUGAAGACGAGCAGCAAAGUCAGUCCUCAGGGAAUGUGCAGGCGACCUUGGAGCGGACAGCUCACAGAAGAACCCCGGCCAAACCUAAGAGGAGGCGUGUAGUGGUGAUAGGGGAUUCCCUACUGAGGGAACAGAAGCAGUGAUCUGUGGGCCUGACAAGAUGUCUCGGGAAGUGUGCUGUCUCCCGGGGCUAAGAUCCAAGAUGUAACUGAACGACUGCAAGGAAUCAUAAAACCCACUGACAAAUACCCCUUCCUCUUGGUUCAUGUGGGAACCAAUGACACUGCAAGCAAUAGCCUCCAGAAGAUCAAAAGAGACUACGAGGCUCUGGGCAGGAAAUUGAAGCAAUUAAAUGCACAAAUUGUGAUCUCAUCUGUCCUCCCAGUUGAACGACGUGGCCCAGGGAGAGAGGGAAAAUAGUGGACGUGAACAGCUGGCUUCGCAAAUGGUGUAAACAGGAACGGUUUGGAUUCUUAGAUCACGGACUGCAGUUUCUUGAAGAUGGACUUCUGGCAAGCGAUGGGCUGCACCUCACAACAGUUGGGAGAAAUGUUUUUGCCAAAAAUCUCAGAAACCUCAUCAGGAGGGCUUUAAACUGACUAAUGUGGGGGAGGGAGAUAGUGCUCCUGAAGGUAGGAGUCUAUCAAUUGAUGAAGAUGAUCAUCCAAAUGUCAUAGACCAAAUGGAGCAAACAGCACACAGACCUAGUGGUGGGAGGAAAAAAUCCUUAAAUAAGAGUCACGGGGAAUGAUUAAUGGACUUCAAUGUCUGUACACUAAUGCGCAAAGCAUGGGAAUAAACAAGAUGAGCUUGAGCUCUUGGUACAGCAAACUAAAUAUGACAUAAUAGGCAUCACUGAAACCUGGUGGGAUAAGUCCCACGAUUGGAAUGUAAUAAUGGGGGAUACAAUCUAUUUCAGAGAAACAGACCAGACAAGAAAGGAGGAGGAGUGGCGUUAUAUGUCAGGGAUGUGUAUACCUGUGAAGAGAUCCAAGAUUUAGAACCUCAAAGCCAAAGUGAGAGCAUUUGGGUCAAAAUUAAGGGAGAGAAGAAUAACAGUGACCUCAUUGUGGGAGUUUACUAUAGAUCCCCAAGCCAAACGGAGGACAUAGAUGAUGCCUUCCUGGAACAGAUGGCCAAGCAUGCAAAAGGAAGGGAGAUAGUAGUAAUGGGGGACUUCAAUUACCCGGAUAUUUGUUGGAUGUCAAACUCAGCCAAGAGCAUAAGGUCAAACAGAUUCCUCACUGGCCUUGCAGACAACUUCAUUGUCCAGAAAGUGGGAGAAGCAACAAGAGGAACAGCCAUUUUAGAUCUGGUCCUAACCAAUGUUGAUGACCUGGUUAGUGGGGUAGAAGUGGAAGGAUCAUUAGGCGCAAGUGAUCAUGCUCUUCUGAAGUUUACUAUACAGCGGAAAGGAGCAGCCAAGCAUACUAGGACUCAAUUUCUUGACUUUAAGAAAGCUGACUUCAUAAAACUUAGGGAAGUGCUGGGUGAGAUCCCAUGGACAGUAAUACUAAAAGGAAAGGGAGUUCAUGAUGGCUGGGAGUUUGUUAAGAGGGAGAUACUAAAAGCACAACGUCAGGCAAUACCAAUGAGACGGAAACAUGGAAGGUGCCUAAAGAAGCCAGGGUGGCUAUCUAAAGAACUUUUAACUGAGUUAAGAUUAAAAAGGAUGUGUACAAAAAAUGGAAAAGGGGAAACCACCAAAGAGGAAUUCAAACAAAUAGCCAGCAGGUGUAGACACAAAGUCAGAAAAGCUAAAGCACAGAAUGAACUCAGGCUUGCUAGAGAGGUUAAAAGCAACAAAAAGGCUUUUAUGGGUAUGUCAGUAGCAAAAGGAAGAACAAAGAAACAGUGGGGUCACUCAGAGGAGAAGAUGGUGAAAUGCAAACAGGGGACACAGAAAGAGCUGAACUCCUCAAUGCCUUCUUUGCCUCAGUCUUCUCCGAUAAAGAAAACAAUGCCCGACCUGAAGAAUUUGGAGCAAAUGAUUCAGCAAAGGAAACACAGCCCAGAAUAACUAAGGAGAUAGUACAAGAAUACUUGGCUAGUUUAGAUGUAUUCAAGUCUCCAGGGCCAGAUGAACUGCAUCCAAGAGUAUUAAAAGAACUGGCAGAUGUGAUCUCAGAACCACUGGCAGUCAUCUUUGAGAAUUCCUGGAGAACAGGCGAAGUCCCGGCAGACUGGAGGAGGGCAAAUGUUGUCCCUAUUUUCAAAAAGGGGAAAAGAGAGGACCCAAAUAAUUACCGCCCAGUCAGUCUGACAUCAAUACCAGGGAAGAUUCUGGAGCAGAUCAUUAAGCAAACAGUCUGUGAGCACCUAGAAAGGAAUGCUGUGAUCACCAAUAGUCAGCAUGGAUUUCUGAAAAAUAAGUCAUGUCAGACUAACCUGAUCUCGUUUUUUGACAGAAUUACAAGCCUGGUGGAUGAAGGGAACGCAGUGGAUGUAGCCUACCUUGAUUUCAGCAAGGCAUUUGACAAGGUGCCUCAUGAUAUUCUUGUAAAGAAGCUGGUAAAAUGUGGUCUUGACUAUGCUACCACUCAGUGGAUUUGUAACUGGCUGACUGACCGAACCCAAAGGGUGCUCAUCAAUGGUUCCUCUUCAUCCUGGAGAAGAGUGACUAGUGGGGUGCCACAGGGUUCUGUCUUGGGCCCGGUCUUAUUCAACAUCUUUAUCAACGACUUGGGUGAUGGACUCAAGGGCAUCCUGAUCAAAUUUGCAGAUGACACCAAAUUGGGAGGGGUGGCUAACACCCCAGAGGACAGGAUCACACUUCAAAACGACCUUGACAGAUUAGAGAACUGGGCCAAAACAAACAAGAUGAAUUUUAACAGGGAGAAAUGUAAAGUAUUGCACUUGGGCAAAAAAAAUGAGAGGCACAAAUACAAGAUGGGGGACACCUGGCUUGAGAGCAGUACAUGUGAAAAGGAUCUAGGAGUCUUGGUUGACCACAAACUUCACAUGAGCCAACAGUGUGACGCGGCAGCUAAAAAGCCAAUGCAAUUCUGGGCUGCAUCAAUAGGAGUAUAGCAUCUAGAUCAAGGGAAGUAAUAGUGCCACUGUAUUCUGCUCUGGUCAGACCUCACCUGGAGUACUGUGUCCAGUUCUGGGCACCACACUUCAAGAAGGACAUUGACAAACUGGAACGUGUCCAGAGGAGGGCAACCAAAAUGGUCAAAGGCCUGGAAACGAUGCCUUAUGAGGAACGGCUAAGAGAGCUGGGCAUGUUUAGCCUGGAGAAGAGGAGGUUAAGGGGUGAUAUGAUAGCCAUGUUCAAAUAUAUAAAAGGAUGUCACAUAGAGGAGGGAGAAAGGUUGUUUUCUGCUGCUCCAGAGAAGCGGACACGGAGCAAUGGAUCCAAACUACAAGAAAGAAGAUUCCACCUAAACAUUAGGAAGAACUUCCUGACAGUAAGAGCUGUUCGACAGUGGAAUUUGCUGCCAAGGAGUGUGGUGGAGUCUCCUUCUUUGGAGGUCUUUAAGCAGAGGCUUGACAACCAUAUGUCAGGAGUGCUCUGAUGGUGUUUCCUGCUUGGCAGGGGGUUGGACUCGAUGGCCCUUGUGGUCUCUUCCAACUCUAUGAUUCUAUGAUUCUAUGAUUCUAUGAUUCUACUCCUAUUGAUGCAGCCCAGUCACACUGUUGCCUCAUGUCAAGUUUGUGGUCAACCAAGACUCCUAGAUCCUUUUCACAUGUACUGCUCUCAUUUUUUUAAAAAAAUAAUAUUUAUUAAAGUUUCAAAGGGGGAAAAAAUCACAUUAAUAAAAAAAAUUAACAAUAAAAAGGAAAAAUACAAAGUAGAAAAAAAAGAAAAAACAGUUAAAAACAAUUCCAUCUUUUCCUCACUUCUUUUACGUUUACUUGUUUCCCGGACCUCCUCAUACCUCCCUCUUUUGUAUUCCAAUUCAAUUUGUUAAUCCAACAAUUCCUUUCCCUCCUAAUCCUAAUCCUUAGUCUUGAUAUAUUGUAACGUUAGAUUUUUACAUAUUAAAAACCAAUUUUUCAAUAUUCUUUUGUACCUAUACAGCUAGAAACCACUUAACUUCAAUCCAACAUCAUUCUAACAUUCAUUAAUUUUACAAUAUUUCUGUAAAUAGUCUUUAAAUUUCUUCCAAUCUUCUUCCACCGACUCUUCUCCCUGGUCACGGAUUCUGCCAGUCAUUUCUGCCAAUUCCAUAUAGUCCAUUAAUUUCAUCUGCCAUUCCUCCAGUGUGGGUAAAUCUUGUGUCUUCCAAUGCUUUGCAAUGAGUAUUCUUGCUGCUGUUGUAGCAUACAUAAAGAAAGUUCUGUCCUUUUUUAACACCGAUUGGCCGACUAUGCCCAGGAGAAAGGCCUCUGGUUUCUUCAAGAAGGUAUAUUUAAAUACCUUUUUUAGUUCAUUAUAUAUCAUCUCCCAGAAAGCCUUAAUCUUUGGGCACGUCCACCAAAGGUGAAAAAUGUACCUUCAGUUUCUUUACAUUUCCAACAUUUAUUAUCAGGCACAUGAUAGAUUUUUGCAAGCUUGACUGGGGUUAUGUACCACCUGUAUAUCAUUUUCAUAAUAUUUUCUCUUAAGGCAUUACAUGCCGUAAAUUUCAUACCUGUGGUCCACAACUGUUCCCAGUCAGCAAAUUCAUCUUGUUUGUUUUGGCCCAGCUCUCUAAUCUGUCAAGGUCGUUUUGAAGUGUGAUCCUGUCCUCUGGGUGUUAGCCACCCCUCCAGUUUGGUGUCAUCUGCAAAUUUGAUCAGGAUGCCCUUGAGUCCAUCAUCCAAGUCGUUGAUAAAGAUGUUGAAUAAGACCGGGCCCAAGACAGAACCCUGUGGCACCCCACUAGUCACUCUUCUCCAGGAUAAGGAGGAACCAUUGAUGAGCACCCUUUGGGUUCGGUCAGUCAGCCAGUUACAAAUCCACUGAGUGGUAGCAUAGUCAAGACCACAUUUUACCAGCUUCUUUACAAGAAUAUCAUGGGGCACCUUGUCAAAUGCCUUGCUGAAAUCAAGGUAGGCUACAUCCACUGCGUUCCCUUCAUCUACCAGGCUUGUAAUUCUGUCAAAAAACGAGAUCAGGUUAGUCUGACAUGACUUAUUUUUCAGAAAUCCAUGCUGACUAUUGGUGAUCACAGCAUUCCUUUCUAGGUGCUCACAGACUGUUUGCUUAAUGAUCUGCUCCAGAAUCUUCACUGGUAUUGAUGUCAGACUGACUGGGCGGUAAUUAUUUGGGUCCUCUCUUUCCCCCUUUUUGAAAAUAGGGACAACAUUUGCCCUCCUCCAGUCUGCCAGGACUUUGCCUGUUCUCCAGGAAUUCUCAAAGAUGACUGCCAGUGGUUCUGAGAUCACAUCUGCCAGUUCUUUUAAUACUCUUGGAUGCCGUUCGUCUGGCCUUGGAGACUUGAAUACAUCUAAACUAGCCAAGUAUUCUUGUACUAUCUCCUUAGUUAUUCUGGGCUGUGUUUCCUCUACUGAAUCAUUUGCUCCAAAUUCUUCAGGUCAGGCAUUGUUUUCUUUAUCGGAGAAGACUGAGGCAAAGAAUGCAUUGAGGAGUUCAGCCCUUUCUGUGUCCCAAAGAGCGGUAGUCUCGUAAUCUGGGGAACUGGGUUCGCGUCUCCGCUCCUCCACCUGCAGCUGCUGGGUGACCUUGGGCUAGUCACACUUCUUUGAAGUCUCUCAGCCCCACUCACCUCACAGAGUGUUUGUUGUGGGGGAGGAAGGGAAAGGAGAUUGUGAGCCGCUUUGAGACUCCUUAGGGGAGUGAUAAAGGGGGAUAUCAAAUCCAAACUCUUCUUCUUCUUCUGAGUGACCCCACUGUUUCUUUGUUCUUCCUUUUGCUACGGACAUACCCAUAAAAGCCUUUUUUGUUGCUUUUAACCUCUCUAGCAAGCCUGAGUUCAUUCUGUGCUUUAGCUUUUCUGACUUUGUGUCUACAUGUGCUGGCUAUUUGUUUGAAUUCCUCUUUGGUGGUUUCCCCUUUUCCAUUUUUUGUACACAUCCUUUUUUAAUCUUAACUCAGUUAAAAGUUCUUUAGAUAGCCACCCUGACUUCUUUAGGCACCUUCCAUGUUUCCGUCUCAUUGGUAUUGCCUGAAGUUGUGCUUUUACUAUCUCCCUCUUAACAAACUCCCAGCCAUCAUGAACUCCCUUUCCUUUUAGUAUUACUGUCCAUGGGAUCUCACCCAGCACUUCCCUAAGUUUUAUGAAGUCGGCUUUCUUAAAGUCAAGAAAUCGAGUCCUAGUAUGCUUGGCUGCUCCUUUCCGCUGUAUAGUAAACUUCAGAAGAGCAUGAUCACUCGCGCCUAAUGAUCCUUCCACUUCUACCCCACUAACCAGGUCAUCAACAUUGGUUAGGACCAGAUCUAAAAUGGCUGUUCCUCUUGUUGCUUCUCCCACUUUCUGGACAAUGAAGUUGUCUGCAAGGCCAGUGAGGAAUCUGUUUGACCUUAUGCUCUUGGCUGAGUUUGACAUCCAACAAAUAUCCGGGUAAUUGAAGUCCCCAUUACUACUAUCUCCUUCCUUUUGCAUGCUUGGCCAUCUGUUCCAGGAAGGCAUCAUCUAUGUCCUCCGUUUGGCUUGGGGAUCUAUAGUAAACUCCCACAAUGAGGUCUCUGUUAUUCUUCUCUCCCUUAAUUUUGACCCAAAUGCUCUCACUUUGGCUUUGAGGUUCUAAAUCUUGGAUCUCUUCACAGGUGUUAUCAGCGAGCCAGCUGUCUCUCGCACAUGGACAGCCUUGAGCGCAUUCCACGCCUCACUUGCUGUCACCUUAUCAGCUACGUAGACUAGCUGGCUGUCGUCCACUCCAAGGAUGAUCGUAGCCAAGGCUUUCUCAUCCUUUUCAUCCUCCUCAGGGGGCUGUGGUGGAUCUUCCACCACUUUCCACAGGCCUUCACGCUUGAGGAAGUGUUGCAUGCGGACUGACCAGAUCCUGUAGUUUGUGGCGUCCAGCAACACGCCAGCUCUGGACUGCUCCAUCCCUGCAGCUCCCCUCCAGCACCCACGGCUAGAUAACUGCCACCUGUACUCAUGCGCAGCGGAAGUGUGCUGGGCCCAUAACCCUGUCACGAAUUCCUCGUGGCGCUUUUAGCAGAAAGCUCAGAGUCCUAGGUUCUUUAGUGCACUAUUUAUUAUUGUGAGCUAAAUAUAUAUACAAAUAUCUACAGAAGCAGUUCAUAUAAUCAGACAGAGCACCUGCGCCCUGAGGCAAAAGAAGACUCCACACUCAUCUACACCACUCCACCACUAUUGGACAGGCUUCCCUUUUAAACCGGUGACAGCCAAUCACAUUACUGUGGGGUGCCACAAAAGAGAACACCCUCUCCCAAUUUCAGUCAUGGGGGGAGGGUGGGGAAACCCGUAAGAGGCUGCGGGUGCAGGUAUUAGUUCUCUUAAAAAGCGGGAAGAGCCUAGGGUCAGCGUAUCUAGGACAAAAGUGUGUCAUGAGAAUGAAAGACGAGGCUGCUGGGUUAGACCAGCAGCCUGCACAGUCCAGCAUCCUUAUCUCACAGUGGCCAACCAGAUGCCCAUGGGAAACUGGAAAGCAGAAUUCGAACACAGAGCCCUCUCCCCUUCCUGUGGUUUCCAGCAACUGGUAUUCAGAAGCAUUCCUGCCUCCAACAGUGGAGGCAGAGCAAUUAGGACAUGCUGAACUUGUCAACUUUCAAAUUCCCCAAAUGAGGAGUACUAAAGAGUUGUAAUAGGGACGCGGGUGGCGCUGUGGGUUAAACCACUCCCCCGCUUGGGCUUGCCGAUUGGAAGGUCGGCGGUUCGAAUCCCUGCGAUGGGGUGAGCUCCCGUUGUUCGGUCCCAGCUCCUGCCCACCUAGCAGUUCAAAAGCACAUAGUGCAAGUAAAUAAUAAUACACACAUAAUACACACAUAAUUCAUAUCCAAUCCCUCCCCAGCUGAAGCCAGUACUGCUCCGGCUGGAAGGCAAACGGCAUUUCCGUGUGCUGCUCUGGUUUCGCCAGAAGCGGCUUAGUCAUGCUGGCCUCAUGACCUGGAAAAACUGUCUGCAGAAGCGGACAAAUGCCGGCUCCCUCGGCCUUAAAGUGAGAUGAGCACCGCAACCCCAGAGUCGUUUGCGACUGGACUUAAUUGUCAGGGGUCCUUUUACCUUUACCUUUAAAGAGUUGUAACAUGACUUGGGAAUUCAGAAGAUGUGUAAAAUUGCAUACAAAUCAUUAAAACAAUUGCCUAGUACUUGCAAUCUAUUAUUAUUAUUUAGUAUUACCCGACAUUUUCAGACGGUAAAAUUGAAAUUCUUUGGUUUUCCAAAAGCAGUUGAUAUAGCUGGUGGGGUCUCCUCCCUGUGACUCACCCAAACCUUCCCCAACCCUUAGAAUGCCCUCUAUAGAUAUUAUGGACUCAAGCUGCGGGAUUCCAGGAGCGCAGAGACAGUCCACCAGUACCUCAACUUACUCCUGAGGUUGCCUCUCGAAGAGGAAGCAGACAGAGAGGUGAGUGAAUGUGUGGGAUGUCAGGGGGGGAGGAGAGCCAGUGGGACUGGGACUGUGCUCACACGGAGACUCUCCACCUCCAGCCGUGUCCUGGAAGAGCCUCCUCCUUCUGAACCCUCCUGCUUCAAGCACCUCCCCAGGCUGCUCCCCAGUGUCCCACCACCACAAUCCAGGGUCCCCCACUCUUACUCAUCCAGCCAGUCCCUGACAUUACCCCACAGACCCCACCAGCCCUCUGUCCUGAUUUCCGGAUUGGUCUCUGCUCGUGCCCACCCGGUCACCCCCUCAAAGCCUCUUACAGGAGGAACCGCUUUUCAGCAUUCAACAUAUCUGGGGCAGAUUAGUUUUGGGUUCGAUCAGAGCAGCCAACAAGUGGCCCUCAAUGCCUUUCUUGGCAGCCCUCAGCAACCUUGGAGGCACCCCUACACACCUGUAGGCCUUGCACCGCCUUCCCAAAGCUGGGUAAGGAGGUGCUGGGCUUGGGGAAGGAGGCAGGUGUGAUCUGUCAGGGUCCUAGAGUCCUCAGUUAGCUCUUUCCCACCUUUGGCAAGAAGGUGGGAAGGCGCUAGGUCCCAUCAGAGCCUCGUGCCUCCUUCCCAAAACCCAGCACCUCACCUGCCUACCUUUGGGAAGGCAGCAUGCAGGCUGGGGCGUGUGUGUCAAAUGUUGGCCUUGCUCUCCUCUCCCACAUGACAAGUCAGUGUGCGGCCCACAGGUUCUGUGCUGAACUACUCUUGUGGCCCACUUGGUAUCAGAAAUUGGAGCACCCUGGUUUAGAUGGUGCAUAUUCCUGCUCUGGCGCCUUUGGGUGAGGGGUGGAUUACAAAUACUUCCAGUGUAUAAAUGAUGCAUUUUAAUGUAGUUGGGUGUUUAAUGAAGCCAAGAACUGUAUCACAAGAUUCGAAAAUGUCAGAAUGCAAGGCAUCCUUGCAUUGCAAGCUGCACAUGAGUCUGGGAGGUGUGGUCUGGUCAGUUCACAUCAGAAUCCACAGAAAUAUCGUUCUUCAAACCACCCCUAUUAUUAUCCGGGAUGAAAGGAUCUGUUCAAAUUGGUUCUCUAAGUGUCUCAUUUCCCCACUCUUGAAUUUGGUUCCCCACAUUUUGCAGCAAUCUGCUUACAGAAUCACAUUUAUCCUCCGUAGCUUAAUGGUUGCCAUCAAUUUCAUUUUAAUUGAUUGUAAUUAAUUUUUAUAAUGAAAUGUUUUUAGAAUGUUGUACUAUUUUAUUGUUGUUAGCCGCCCUGAGCCCGGCUUUGGCUGGGGAGGGCGGGAUAUAAAUAAAAUUUAUUAUUAUUAUUAUCACUAAUUGCAAUCAAGAAAACGACAUGUUUGACGUGCCUCAUUCUCCCUAGGGAAUUUCUGAGGCUAUCGGUGUGGCUUCAAGCACCCAUAUUUCCCAGGUGCUGAUGGCAGUGCGGGAUUUUGGCCGCGCAGCCAUUGCAAGGAAGACUGAGACGUCUGAGGUAAGGGUGUGAAGUGAGGAAGGAGCAUAGCAAGAGUGUAGGUCAGCCACCCCCAGCCUGGUGCCCCUUCCCCAUCCGUGUGUUUUGAUGUGGAACUCCCAUCAGCCCCUGACAGCAUGGCCAAUGGUUAGACAAAGGUCCUGGCAAAUUGGAUCCUUAGCGGCUAUUUACAUCCACACCAAAGCAUGUGAAGCAGCCUCUGGGUUCCUCUGAUCUAGGAAAACAGAGCUGUGUUGGAAAAGAACAAAUCCUGCCCCAUUUCCAAAUAUGCUCUUUUUCAAGGGAUGGGAUCCUUACCAUUCCAAAAAGGCAAUUAGAUCUGCUCAUCCUCUCAGUAUGGAAGCCAGACAACUUCCUCUGUGGGUAUGUCUCAGUCAUCCUUCUGAAGUGGGCUCCAGCAGUCCUGUCUCUGUGGCUCCAGAUCCUAGAUCUGGUCUGAUCCCUUGGCUCACUCAGUCAGUCAAACGGAAUCGUUAGAAACCAUUGGUCAUCCCCAGAGUAUACGCAAUACAAAAGUACACUGACCCCUGUUUUUAGGUUGGUUGUCAGAUGGUUGGUUGGCAUUUCUUCAAUAGUGGAAGCUAAUGGGGGACCCCAAACGUCAUCUAGUCCAACCCCCUCCAAUGCAGGAAUCUCAGCUCAAGCAUCCCUGAGAGAUGGCCAUCCAACCUCCAACGAAGGAGAGUCCACAACCUCCCAAGGGAGAGUGUUCUGCUGUCAGAAAGCUUUGAAUGAAAACCGUCUUAGAGUUUGGAAGAGGGGACACCUCUCCAACUGAGGGGAGGGAGCAGAAUCCAAGAGAGAAGGCAGUCGGCAGGCUGGGAGAGGCAGAGAGAAAGAGGGGAGAGGUUUCAGCUGCAUCCCGGGGCAGGGCAGCUGCCCAAGUUGCUCUCGUGCAAGGGUUCUUCUGCUUACGGGAGUGCCUGCUGGCCCCAUUCAACUAUGUUCUAGAGUAGACCCAUUGAAUUUAAUGAAGAUGACUAAGUUAGGCCCAUUCAUUUCGACAGGUCUACUUGAAGCAAAGCAUAGUUGAGUGUCACUCUCUGUGUUCAUCUCCAUAUAUUUGUCAAUUAAGCAAAUUAUUACAAAGGCAUAGUAACUGCGUGCGGAUCUAACACUUCCAUAACCUGAGGGGGCCCUGGGGUCAUGUGCCCCCGACUCUCCAAUUCUCCAACCCAGCUGGAAGGGGAUCAGAACCUUUUCCUUCCACUUUCAGUUAACUUCCCUCAAGCUUCUGGUCUCCGUUUUGCAACUGUGCUAGAGGAGAAGGGAGCAGGAGCCGAUGAGUCCAAGGCUCAUUCACACAAUAAUAAACCAUAGUUUAUCACAGAGGUAACCAAAAUGGGGCCCUUCAGAUGCUACAGACUGCAACUCCCAUCCUUCCUGACCACUGGCCAUGCUGGCUGAGGCUGAUGGGAGCUAGAGGCCAACCUAUGUUGAUGCCCUCUGGUUUAUUGUUACAUCUGAACGCAGCCCUGAACUCUCUUGUGCUCUGCCAUCCAAGAGAAGUGAAACCCAGGAGUGUGGUACCUCUGGAUUUUUGCUGUGAGUUGGGAAAUGACCAAGGAAAUUUCCCAACCCUCACUAUGGAGAAGAUGAGCAGAUCCACCUGGUUCAUUUUAAUUUUAAAAAAGCAGCUCCCAUGGAAAAGAGCACCAGUGGUCAGCCUACCCUACAGUGUCCUGCACUUUCUCCCUGGUUGACUGACCGAACCCAAAGAGAACACCUUCAUGGUUCCUCGUCAUCCUGGGGAAAAAGUGACCAGUGGGGUGUCACAGGGUUCUGUCUUGGGCCCGUUGUUGUUUCACGUUUUUUAAAAAUAAAUGACUUGGAUGAAGGAAUUGAGGGGAUGCUCAUCAAAUUUGCAGAUGACACCAAACUGGGAAGGGUAGCCAAUGCCACAGAAGACAGAAUCGGGAUUCAAGAUAACCUUAACAGAUUGGAGAACUGGGCCCAAACUAACAAAAUGAAAUUCAAUAGGGUCAAAUGUCAGGCUCUACAUUUAGGCAGGAAGAACCUGAUGCACAUAUAUAGGGUGGGGGAGCCCUGGCUUGCCAGCAGUUUGAGUUUCCUGGAGGAAAAAAAAAUACAAAAUUUGUAAGUCUGCACAACAACUUGUUGUUGUUGCUUAGUCGUUUAGUCGUGUCCGACUCUUCGUGACCCCCUGGACCAGAGCACGCCAGGCACUCCUGUCUUCCACUGCCUCCCACAGCUUGGUCAAACUCAUGCUGGUAGCUUCGAGAACACUGUCCAGCCAUCUCGUCCUCUGUUGUCCCCUUCUCCUUGUGCCCUCCACCUUUCACACAACAACUUACUGACUACUAAUAUUUUCCCAGCUGCUAAAAGGUCCCAACUAAAUGGUGAUUUGUUUCCAAUUGCACUUAAGGUUCCCAAACUCACUUUCCCCAUCCUUUCCCUCCAGAAUACUAGCGAGACCAAUGCCAGUAUCACCGUCAUCCUUUGCUGCGGGCAAAUGGCAUUCGGGGCACGGCAGGAUGAGCUCCCCUUUUUUAUAGACCUCAUCACAGAGGAGCUCCUCUUCCAAUUCCAGAACAGCAGGAAGGUAUGGCUCUGAUUAUCACACGGACUCCUGUUGUUUGUUCUCUCAGCUAUACCAUACUUUUCCGUGUAUAAGACAAGGUGUUUUUUAUUAUUAUUAAAAAAUGAUGUUUAAAAAUGAAGGUCAUCUUAUACACAGAUAGUGCAUAGGGGGGACGUGGGUUUGGUUGCCGCUGCAAGCCGGAGAUAGUCAGUGGCUAUUGUGCGUGUUAUUAGUGGCUGCGGCAAGGGGUGGUGUUGACUGGCUGUCGCUGCGGAAAUUGGGAAGGCGAUUGGCGGUUUCUGCCGGCGAGGGACAGACAAUAGGUGGGUUUUGCGACGUGUGUGAGUGGCAGCAUAGGUCCAGCGAGUGAGCAAUUUUUGGAAUCCCCUUCCCCCAAAUAGCUGAACAACUGUGGGUAAUCCUCCCCCCCAAAAGCUCAGCAACUCUGGGCAAUCCUCCCCCCCAUUUUCUUAAUUUGGAGUCCCCCCUAAUAGGGGGUGUCUUAUACACGAAAAAAUAUGGUAUAUCCUGCCUUUCUCCUGUCAUAUGACUCCAGGAGCCAGGAGGUGUGCAACCAUUUCCCCCGUGGUCACCAUCCAGGCACUGAGCAGACCUCCUGAGCUCCGUCAAGGUCCUUGCACCACAUGCCUUCAGACUGUGCCCUAGGGCAGGGUCUUUGGCUUCAUCCACCGAAGGGUUGUAGACUGGGGUGUAUACUGGCUCCACCCUUAGGACCAGAUGGGGCAUUACAGUGGUACCUUGGUUCUCAAACUUGAUCCAUUCUGAAACCAAAGCUGCUUCCAAACCAAGGCAUGCUUUCCCAUAGAAAGUAAUGCAAAAUGGAUUAAUUCUUUCCAGACUUUUUUUAAAGAAACCCUAAAACAGCAAUUUAACAUGAAUUUAACUAUCUAACAAGACCAUUUCUGGGUUAGGGUUAAUUUUUGGAUUGGGUUAGUGUUAGGGUAAGGAUUAGAAUUAGGGUUAGGGGCAGUGUGGCUUUAUGUUUCCUUGUGAUUUUGAUUCAAACUCAAUUUUAUAAAAUCCCUUCUCCUUUCAGAACGAGGCUUUGCAGAAGAGCUUUAUGAAGGCAGCAACUCUAACAACCAAGGCGCUUGUGCAAUCGAUUGCGGGAUAUGUCACCUUCCCCCACAAAGAGGAGCUCACCUUCUGCAUCAUAGUGAGGAAAAAGAAAAAGAAAAAAAGAGGGGGAAUGUCCUGGGGUUUCUUUUCAGAGCGUUUUUUCUUAAAAAUAGCUGUGUAGGUCUAGCUCUGGGUUGCAUGUUCUGACCAUCUGGCCCCAAACCAUUUCUGGUGGUCACGUUCUGCUCCAGCUCAAGUUUCCAAACCCUCUUGAAAGGCAGCCCUACAUUGUGGCAACCUCAGCAGGCUGUCACCAGCGCCUAUGUAAAAGAGGCUAGGUUCUCCCAGGAGGAGAGGGCUGUCGAUGGCUCCCAGCCAUGAUUGCUAUGUUCUACCUCCACAGAGGAAGAAAGCAAUGUUUCUGAAUAUAGUUGCUGGAAGCCACAGGCAGGGAGAGGGCUCUUGGGCUCAUGGUCUGCUCCCUGGUUUCUCACAGACGUCUGGUUGGCCACUGUGAGAAUGCUGUGAGGAUGCUGGACUAGAUGGGCCCUUGGCCUGGUCCAGAAGACUGAUCUUAUGCCGUUCUUAUGCAGUAGAGCUCUGCCCAGGAGAAAAAGGGAUCUUAUUCCCAGAUCCAGGAAGCCCACUCUUUUCCUCUAGGAGGACCCACUUGCCAAUUGCAAAGAAGUUGUCAAGUGGGCUGGAUAGAGAGCACAACUCAGGGCUUGGUGUGGUGGUGGCAGGGAUGGCACCUCCAGUUCCCUGACAUGCUGUGUGCUUCCCCACCACAGGAGGUUAUCAAAGAGGAGCCGAUGGCAUCGCUCACCAUCCUGCACCAGGCGAUGGAAACUAUCAUUCACAUGACGUAAGUACGGCCAGACACAGUACAUAUUUCUUCACCAGGUUUAUGGACUGCUGGGUGCUGAUCCUUUCCUCUCCCCUUCUUUCUCUUUUCAGUGCCUUGAGACCACGCAUGGACCCCCUGCUCCGGUCUCAGCUGCUACAGAAAACCACCAGAAAGGUCUUCCAAUUGCCAUCAUUGCAGGUUACGAAGGUCAAAGCCGGGAGCUCUGUGCCAGCAACACAGAGCCAGGUGACUGGACCUUCUGCUUCUGGAGGAAAAUGGGGUUGCCAGGUUAAAGGAUUUGAGGGCAAAGAGUCUGAGCCGUGUAAGCUGCAAAGAAUGCUGCCCGAGACACUUGACCCAUCACAAUGAUGUAACAACCAGAGACUUUGGGUGUAUAUAUUUUUUUUUUUUUAAGAAUAUUUAUUCAAGUUUUAAAAUUACAAAAAAGAAAGAAAAAACAAAACAAGAAAACCAGUCACAUACAUCUUACAAAAAAUACACACCAUACAAGAAAAAAAAAGAAAAAAGGAAAAAAUACACAAAAUCAAAAAUCACAAUAAAGAAAUAACAAGAAAAAAAGAAUUCAAAUUUAACAAACCGUUUUCCCAUUUACUUAUUUCCGUGACUUCCUCUCACUUCUCUGCUUUGUAUUCUAAUUCAAAUUGUAUCUCCAGCAAAUCCUUCUAACCUUCUUUUCAUUCACUUAUUUUAACAUUUUAACAUUCAAAAAUAUUUAAUUCUCCUCUAUCCUUUAGUUUACACUUUAUAUUUACUUAAUUCCAUUAUACUCUGUCUGCCAAUACGGUCUAAUAUUUCUUCUCCAACCUUUCCUAACAUUCAUUUAUGUUACAGUAAUUCUGUAAAUAUAUUUUAAACUUUUUCCAAUCUUGUUCCAUCAACCCUUCUUCUUGGUCUCGAAUUCUUCCAGUCAUCUCAGCCAGUUCCAUAUAGUCUAUCACUUUUCUCUGCCAUUCUUCUCGGGUAGGCAAUUCUUGUGUCUUCCAAUAUUUCCCGAUGAGUAUUCUUGCUGCUGCUGUCGCAUACAUAAAAAAAGUUCUAUCUUCCCUUCGCACCAAUUGGCCGACCAUGCCCAAGAGGAAGGCCUCUGGUUUCUUUAAGAAAGUAUAUUUCAAUACCUUUUUUAAUUCAUUGUAUAUCAUUUCCCAGAAUGCCUUGAUCUUUGGGCACGUCCACCAAAGGUGAAAGAAAGUACCUUCGUUUUCUUUACAUUUCCAACACUUAUUAUCAGGCAAGUGAUAAAUUUUUGCUAGCUUGACUGGGGUUAAGUACCACCUGUAAAUCAUUUUCAUUAUGUUUUCUCUUAAAGCAUUACAAGCCGUAAAUUUCAUACCUGUGGUCCAUAACCGUUCCCAGUCAGCAAACAUAAUGUUAUGCCCAACAUCCUGCGCCCAUUUAAUCAUAACAGAUUUAACCAUUUCAUCCUGUGUAUUCCAUUUCAGCAGCAAAUUAUACAUUUUUGACAAAUUUUUAGUUUUAGGUUCUAACAAUUCCGUUUCCAGUUUGGAUUUUUCCUCCUGGAAGCCAAUCUUUUUAUCUAAGUUAAAAACCUCCCUUAUUUGAUAAUAGUGCAACCAAUCUCUGACUUUGGUUUUUAAUUUGUCAAAAUUCUGCAAUUUUAAUUUAUCUCCAACUUGUUCUAAAAUUUCACAAUAUUUUGGCCAGUUUGUCUCCAUAUUGGUUUUUUUCAAUGCCUUUGCCUCCAUUGGUGAUAGCCACCUUGGUGUUUUACUUUCCAACAAGUCCUUAUAUCUCACCCAAACAUUAAACAAUGCUUUCCUGACAAUAUGGUUCUUAAAGGCCUUAUGCGCUUUAACUUUAUCAUACCAUAAAUAUGCAUGCCAUCCAAAAACGUUGUCAAAACCUUCUAAAUCCAAAAUGUCCACGUUUUCAAGAAGUAGCCAAUCUUUCAGCCAGCAAAAGCGGCUGAUUCAUAGUAAAGUUUAAGAUCUGGCAGGGCAAAUCCCCCUCUUUCCUUUGCAUCUGUUAAUAUCUUAAAUUUUAUUCUAGGUUUUUUGCCCUGCCAGAUAAAUUUGGAAAUGUCUCUUUGCCACCUCUUGAAACAGUCCAUUUUAUCCACAAUUUGUAAUGUUUGAAACAAGAACAACAUUCUAGGCAAUACAUUCAUCUUUAUCGCAGCAAUUCGGCCAAGCAAUGAUAACUUCAAUUUUGACCAUAUUUCUAGAUCUUUCUUCACCUCUGACCAACAUUUUUCAUAAUUAUCUUUAAACAAAUUCACAUUUUUAGCAGUCAUGUUCACCCCUAAAUAUUUCACUUUGUUAACAAUUGUUAAUCCUGUCUCUUUCUGGAAUCUCUCCUUCUCUAUCUCUGUAAGAUUUUUCUCUAAUACCUUGGUUUUCAUCUUAUUUAAUUUAAAACCAGCUACUUGACCAAAUUCUUGUAUUAAUUGUAACACCCUUUUGUGCUAGCUUCUGGCUCCUGUACUGUCAAAACUAAAUCAUCAGCAAAAGCUUUCAAUUUAUACUGUUUAGCUCCGAGUUGUAUACCUUUAACCAAUUGGUCUUUUCUAAUCAUAUUGAGCAGAACCUCAAGGACCGAUAUGAAAAGCAAUGGGGAGAUUGGGCAACCCUGUCUUGUUCCUUUCUCUAUCUUAAAUUCUUCUGUAACUACAUUGUUCACAAUAAGCUUAGCUUUUUGUUCCGAGUAAAUUGCACCUAUACCAUUUUCGAAACUUUGGCCUACCCCCAUCCCCUGCAAAUUUUUCUUCAUAAAACUCCAAGAAAUAUUAUCAAACGCUUUCUCUGCAUCCACAAAUAUUAAAACAGCUUUAGUGUUAAUAUUAACUUGCAGUUUUUCCAAAAUGUUAAUGAUGUUCCUAGUGUUGUCUGACAAAUGUCUUCCAGGCAGAAAACCCGCCUGGUCUUUAUGAAUCUCUUUUACCAAUACAUUUUUUAAUCUCUUAGCCAUAAUUUCAGCAAAAAUUUUGUAAUCCACGUUUAGCAGGGAUAUGGGACGGUAGUUCUUCAACUGUGUCUUCUCCCCCUCGGUUUUUGGUAUAAGUGUAAUGUACGCUUCUUUCCACGACUCGGGUGCUCUUCCUCCCCGUAGUAUUUCAUUACAAAGUUCUUUCAACGGUUGCAAUAGCCAUUCUUUCAAAGUUUUGUAAUACUUUGCAGUUAGUCCAUCUGGCCCUGGGGAUUUGCCCAAUUUCAUAUUCAGAAUGGCUCCUUCCACUUCUUGAUCAGAUAUAGUCGAAUUUAAUAUUGAUUUACUGUCCUGAGAUAUUUUUUGUAAUCCAUUAUUUUCCAAAAAUCUGUCAAUAUCUAAAUCUUUCUGAGCCUCCUGCGUAUAUAGCUGUUUGAAAUAAUUCUGAAAGCACUUCCGAAUCUCUCCAGGAUUCUGUAUGUUCUUUCCUUCUACAACCAAGUUUGUAAUUGUAUUCAGCUUUUGUCUUUUCUUCAUUUGCCAGGCCAAUAACUUCCCACAUUUAUUUGCCGAUUCGAAGGUCUUUUGUUUCAUCUGUUGAAUCUUCCAUUCUAUCUCCUGAUUCAUCAAUUUCAUAUACUGUACUUGGUAUAGCUUUAUUUCUUUUAAAAUCUCCUGUGAGUUCGGUUUCGCUCUCAGUCUUUUUUCUCCAUCCUUUAUUUUCUCCAGAAUUUUUUCUCUCUUCUCAUUUUGGUAUCUUUUCCUAAUUGCAUUUUGUUGUAUCAAAAAUCCUCUCAUCACCGCUUUACUAGCAUCCCAAAUCACUCUUUUUUCUGUCGUCGUGUUCAAAUUUAUUUCGAAAUAGUCUCUCAGGUUUUUUUGAGCCUUUUUAACAAUUUCUUCAUUCCUAAAUAAGGAGUCAUUCAUCCUCCAUCUAAAGGCCCCAAUUGGCGUUAAUGUCAUUUCAAUCUUUACUGGAUUGUGAUCGGAGCAGGUUUUCGGACAAAUCACUGCUUUUUUGAUUUUAGGAGCCAGUCCUCUAGUUAUCCAGAUUUGGUCUAUUCUUGUCCAUGUCAUAUUUGCUUCAGAGAAGAAGGUUCCUUCUCUUUCCAAGGGGUUCUUUGUUCGCCAAAUAUCUAGCAGAUCCAUAUUGUCAGUCAUUUCAAAGAAUGUCUUUGGUAAUCUUCCGUCUUUUGUCACUGUUUGUCUUUGGGCCUUGUCCAUAUUUGUAGACACUACUCCAUUCAUAUCUCCCAUCAAAAUAAUAUUGUAAUCCAAAUAGUCCAGAAGAGUUUCAUGCAAUUUCUUAAAGAAUUCUGAUUUUCCCUCAUUUGGUGCAUAUACUCCUAAUAUCAAAAAUUUCUGUCCUUGGAAUUGAAUUUCGAUUGCUAUGUAUCUUCCUUGAUCAUCUUUAAAUAUGAAUUUUGGUGACAGGCUUUCCUUCGCAUAAAGUAUUACCCCUCUUUUUUUAACAUUGUCCGAUGAAAUAAAUUCCUCUCCCAAUCUUUUAUUUAUCAGAAUUUUCCGAUGCAGCCUUGUCACAUGAGUCUCUUGUAAACAGAUCAAGUCCAAAUGUUCUUUUUCAAUGUAUGAAAUACUCUUCCCCUUUUAGCCGACGAAUUUAGACCAUUAAUGUUCCAACUUAGAAUUUGUAGUGUCAUUUUGUAGCUACUCUCCUUCUCCUCCAGCAGCCCCAAGAAGAUUUUCUAUGUCUGUCGGUGGCGUUGGUUUCCCUUUUUUUUCCUGCUUUUUGUCCGGUAUCGCAAUGUCUUUUCCCAAUCCUUUCAGUAGAUCUUCUUCAUAUGCACUCAGGAACUUGUUCUUUUCCUCCACUGAUCUGAUCUUGGUCUUUCUUCCCUUGAAACUAAAAGAUAGGCCUUGGGGAAAUUCCCACCUGAAAAGAAUUUUAUUUUUUCUCAACAAGUCUACCAGAUCCCCAAAAUCCUUUCUCAGAUCAAGAAGGUGUUUUGGUAUAUCUUUGAAAAUUUCAACUUUUGAUUGUAUAAUUGUCAAGGGUUUUUCGUAAUGCAAACCCAAAAUUUUGUCCCUUUCUUCCUUUGAUCGAAGGGUGAUCAAACAAUCCCUUAUUUUAAUCUUUCUUCCUCCUUUCCCCAAUCGAAAGGCUCUCACAAUCUUAAAGUCCUCUUGUUUCAAUUCCGAUUUCCAAAAGUCCAAAAAUUCCUGUGUCAAAAAGUCUAUCAAGGUACCUUUCUCCAGCUCAGGAACAGCUCUGAUUCUGAGAUUCGUCUGUUUGUCUCUAAGGUCUAUCAUAGAUAGCGUUAGCUUAUGUUCUGCAAUCUCUUUCUGUAUAUCUGGUACUUUCUCAGUUUCCAGCUGCCCCAGUUUAAACUCAACAGCAGCAGUUUUUUCCUGUAUUGACUUUGAAUCUUGCAACAAUUUCUGGAUAGACUCCGUGUUGCUAUUUACUUUUUCUCCAAUUUGCCUAAUGUUUCUGUAUUUAGGUCAAUUUUCCUGUUUGCAACAUCCACUUUCUGGCCAGUCUCUUCCACCCUCCUGUUCGUCUCUUCCACUUUUGUAGAAAGCUGCUGUAUUGAAUCAUUAAUCUUAGAGAGAGCACUAACUAAAAAUUCCUCAGACAUUCCACCAAUCUUAGAUUGUGUUGCCGGUGUCGGCAGACCAGCAGAUGAUUGCCUUCUAUGUGUCCAAGGUUUCCCUGAUCUCAAGGUUGACUGGUCUUUAAACCCAUCAGCCAUAACAAAGUGAAGGUCAGGUUACUUUCCCACGUCCACUCUUCCUGUUUAUACUUGGGAAAUUCCUUUCCUUUCUAGCAGUUACAGAAAGUUCCACUAGAUGGACACUGUUGCCACUUAACAAGUUACUGUCUUUAAAACGGCAAGGGAAAGAUACUCAGUAAGAGGGGAAAAAAAAGAGUCCAAAGUAAAAGUUACAAUAUAACUUUUCAGUCCUUUCCAAUCUUUCUCAGUGAAACUGGCCACUCUGUAUCUCCUUUACAGCCAGCAGACUGCUUUAGCGAUUUUGACAGCUUUGACAGCUGGGUGACAGAUCACUCCUUUAAUCUUUCAAUCUAAAAAAUCCUAUAAAAUCAAGAGUCUUUCCCUUAAUCCUCUUAAGGGUAGAUCCCUCCAAAGUCUCAGGUUAGAAGAUUACAUUUAUUUCAAUUCAAUUCUUCACGUUUAGCUUCAAAUCUCUUUGCUUUGUUCUUUACACAACGCAGUGAAGCCGACUUCCUGUUUAAGCUUCCACCGCAGUAGCCAAUUCAGUCAUUUUUAAAGUCUUUAAACUUUUCCACUUUUUGCCCAAGUUCCAAAUUAGUCCAAAUUCUAGUCUUUUUAUCCAAUUCCUCUACUCACGGUUAGUUUUUAAGUCCGAAUUUCUCAGGAAUAAGUCAGCGCUCUCCAGCAACGGCAACGCGGCUUCACUCAGCGGGAGCAGCGAUCCGCUCGCAGCACCGCGCUUCUCUCCCCGCUCCCUUACGAAGCCCCAAAAGGCUUCUUUUCAGGUGGGGGCGCUCAAGGUGCCCGCCGAGCCUCCACGUUCGUAGGCGUCCGCGCCUACGAUUUCUGAGGGUCCCCGCUUCGCCGGAGCGCACAGGACCCGAUCUCCCGCCGAGCUACCCCCUCCGAAUCUUCAAAGGAGGUCAGCCAUUGCUGCUGGCACCAACCGGAAGUCCUUUGGGUGUAUAUUUUUGAUUUUAAUCAUGUUUCCAUAUUUAUUGCAUUUCACCUUUGGCUAGAAUGCAUCCACAAAUGAUUCCUGCAUGCCUGCAUUUUGUGACUCUCAUGCCUCCCUCCUACGCUGCAUUUAAUUUUAUUUGUUUGCUUGUUUGUUUAUAUGCUGCCCAUCUGACUGGGUUAGUCUAGCCACUCUGGGCGGCUUCCAACAAAUUAAAACACAGCCAGACAUCAAAUAUUUAAAACUUCCCUAUGCAGGGCUGCCUUCAGAUGUCUUCAGACGGAAGUAUAAUGAUGUAUCUCUCUGACAUCUGAUAGGAGGGUGUUCCACGGGGUGGGCCCCACCACCAAGGCGGCCCUCCGCCUUGGAACACCCCAAGGAAGUUGAGCCCAGUGUGGAGUCCUGUAUCUUUAUAUCGCAUGACCUGUAACCUUACAUACAUCAAGAAACGUUUGAUGUUUAUGACUCUUUGUGUGCCGUGCUUGAACCCCUGCAUAAGCUUUGUUACGAAUUUGGACUAGAAGGCUCCAGAGCAUAUGGGAUUUCCAUGGGAGUCUUCAGCUUCUAAGUGCUUUUGCUUUUCUCCUUCCAGGACUGUUAUCAAGAGACCAUCUACAUCUGGCUCAACAUGCUCACCAGCUUGCUGUCGGAGGCCCCUCUCUGGAGACGCUGCAGGAGAUAUUAG